ACAAGCUGUACCUGUGUACCUGCUCUCUGGGCAGAGCCAUGUAUCUCUCCCCGCCCCCUCACCCAGAGCAGGUAAAUCUCACAGCUCACUGUACUGCAUGGAAACUACAGAGAGAGCCAGGGCUGGGAUCUGGGGGGAGAUCUAAUCCCAGGGGAUUAACUGCUGAGCCCUUCGUGUACACAGACAUCUAAUUUAGUACAUUCAUGGCUUUCACCAAACCUUCCAAAGAUCCCUUCAGCACCUACGUGGGGCAUCUUAUUGGUGAGUAAAAGAUCCAAUCUCUCCUGAAUCACAAGGACUGCUACAAAGUGUGAGCCUUUACAUACAGGACCCAGAAUAUCUUCCAGAAAGGACUAUGUGUUCUGUAUAGGAUUAAAUAUUUUACGUACGGUCAUGUGUAGAAUAUAGCAAGGCUCAAAACUGCCACUUGUAACUAGCCUUUGGCAAGUGAAAAUGUAGCCCUGGCGAAUAGAAUAUAUUGAUAUCAUUGUACAGUGCUAUGGAACUUGCUGGUGCUAUAUAAAUAAUAUAAUAAUAAUAAUAAUAAUAAUGUAUAAUAUAUAUACUUUAUAAUUAUAUUACAUGUAGGAUCAAGCAUUAUGUAUAUGUUAUUUGUAUGUUCGAACCCAUGAUUUGUGAAUGGCAUAUUAAAUGAUAACUGAACUUUUUUUUAAAGGGAAACUAUAGGCAAGGAAUACAAAAUUAGUGCCCCCUUCGCUUACGCACCUCCCUCCCCCUUCGCAGAGCAGAAAGGGUUAAAAGCCCUUCAUUCACUUUCCUGAAUCCAGCUCAGAUGUCCCUCGGUAGUGGGUCAGGCUCCACCUUCGCUCCUCCCUGAUUUGGACCGACGUUACGUACCUAAUGUGCAUCCGCGGCGAGCACAGGGAUCGCAUUAGGACAACAUCAGAGGAAAGCAUUAACUCAAUGCUUUUCUAUGAAGUUUUGGGUGAUGCAGGGUGUCCUCAUGUCGAGUGAGACGAUGUCCAGGGCAGCCAAAAGUCGCCUAACAGCCCGGAAGCGCCAUUAGUGGCCGUUUGGUAGAGGUGGAGUUAGCCCUGCAGUUUAAUUAUUGCAGUUUCUCAAUAACUGCAAUAUUUACAAUUGCAGGGUUGAGGGAACUGGGACACUGCACCUAGACCACUAGAAUGAGCUGAAGUGAUCUGGGUGACUAUAGUGUCCCUUUAGAUAAAUAUAAUUUGAGGGAUUUUUUUUAAAGCCUGCCGGAAAUGUAUUUUAUCCCAUUUUAACCCCUUAAGGAUCAAACUUCUGGAAUAAAAUGGAAUCAUGACAUGUCACACAUGUCAUAUGUCCUUAAGGGGUUAAACUAAUUUGUCAGUCACAGCUGGCACCAUAUAAAUAAUGAUUAGACAGAUUAUUAUUAUUGAAGCUUUAUUCUGUGCUCUGUCCUUAAAUUAUACCAACAUGAUACCAACUAUGUGGGCAUUGAGGGGUGCUUGUACUAUCUGCACUUUCACACAAUGCAUCAGUUGUAACCUGCUACAUGCACAACUGCAUUUUGGGAGAGUAUGCAGAUACGUAGACGGUCCACUGCAUCAGCCAAGAUGGCAAACUAUCGGAAUCUUAAAUUGAUACAUUUGCUGGCAAUUUUACGGCAUAUACACAUAUUAUUCCGCUUAACGAAACACUCCUGACACCAUAACCACUUUGUUCGAAUGAAGUUGUUAUUGUGCCCGGAGGUUCCCUUUAAGGUAAACUUUCCAUCAUUGGUAUUAACAAGCAGCCCUGGGCCUGAUUUUCUUAGAUCACUUUGCAUGAAGAGUUUGGGAGGCCAGCUGUGAAUAGCGGUGAUUCUGCAUGUAGGUGCACAGAUUCUCCACAUAACUGUGUUGUAUAAUUCUUCUCUCACCACCAAUACCUCCAAUUGGUAUCCUUCUGAGAGAAAUCCACUCUGCGUUGUGUAUUAAUAGUGAAUGCAAUAUCCCUGUGUCACCUCUUCCAAGAACUAACAUAUACCUGUAUCCCCUUGUCCAGAUAAAUAUAUGACUAGCACUACUAAGGUAUUCUACCCGAUAUUACAAAUAAACAGCCAACACCAGAGUUCUUACCAGAGAGAAAUCUUUACUUAGAAUCUGCCCAGUUAAAGGGACAUAAUAGUCACCAGAACAACUACAGCUUAUUGAAUUUGUUCUGGUGAGUAGAAUCAUUACCUUCAGGCUUUUUGCUGUGAACACUGUCUUUUCAGCCUAGUGAUAACUUCUCAGGUGGCUGUUAGAGAUCCUUCCUGGGACAUUGCUGCCUAAAAUGCAUCCAAACAUUCAGUAUCUCCUCCCUCUGCAUGCAGACACUGAACUUUCCUCAUAGAGAUUCAUUGAUUCAAUUCAUCUCUAUGAGGAGAUGCUGAUUGGCCAGGGCUGUGUUUGAAUCAUGCUGGCUCUACCCCUGAUCUGCCUCCUUGUCAGUCUCAGCCAAUCCUAUGGGGAAGCAUUGUGAUUGGAUCAGACUACCACUUCUGAUUAUGUCAGCAGACUGCUUGUUUUUCUGAGUCUAACAGCAUGCAGCAUUACAGCUUCAGGCUUGACUACAGUAAGAUUUUGCUAUAUUUAUGGAGGCAUGGUGGUGUUAACACUAUAGGGUCCGGAAUACAUGUUUGUGUUCCUGACCCUAUAGUGAUCCUUUAAAUAUUACAGAAGAAGAAUGUUACAGAGUUAUAGUAUUACAGUUACAAUACAUUCAUAACACUCACACAUUCCCUCUGUAUAAUAAUAUCUGCUACAUUGUGUGUGUGCUGUGAAAUGUGUGCAGCGUGUGUCUUACCAACCUAUUUUUAAAGGAAUUGGUUCCCAUGUUGUAAAUAGCCAAUUCCUCAGCUCAAUGGAUAUGUAAAUAUGAUUUACUCUCCCAAGGCCCAAAGUGUUGUCUGUCCUGUUAUUUUAUUUAAGUGUGAAUUCUCCCAGCCAUCCCUUUUCCUCUAACCCAAGGUGUGUUUUCCUAGAUAGAGACUCCUUUGAAGACCAGUUGAUAUGUAAAUGUAAUCGGUGCCUUUCAGGUGUUGUAUCUUUCCAACUAUCUAAACAGAAACUCCAGAUAAUUCCUGAUCUCCCAUACACGCAGACUUAAUCAAGCACAUAUUAAUCAGAUAUAUAUAUAGAAUCAUAAUAUUUUCCUCAACAAACUGCACUGGAUCUGCAACUACAGUAGAUUCUGCAUGUUGUCGCUGUCUCCCAUGAUUGCUAGUCAAAACAGAAAAUGUUUGUUUUCGGGGAUACAAGUGCUAGAAGAAUGUUUGUUAGCCUGUUGUGUGCACACUGCGUGCAUUAUUGAUGUUAGUAAAUGCAGAAUGAGGCAAAGUGAAUGCGUGAAGGAGAUAAUGCAGAAUAUUGGACAUUUAUUGCUACAUUCCUGAUCACUGGAUUCAUCUCUGUACCACAGAAUCAACUUACAUUUACAUAUAUAGCAAGGCAUCAUGGGAAAAUGCAUCUCCAUUCCCUGACAUUGGAUCCAUUCCUUGUACCCCAAAACUUUCAUUCUAUCGACAUAACAAGGCAUCACCGGAAAAGAGGUCCCUGCUCUCUGACUCGCGAUAGACCCCAUCACUUUCAUUUUGUCUGUGUUAGAAGGAAGCACGGGCAAACCAUUUGGGUGUAAACGUUAUGACAACUGCUGAUUUGAUCCACUCAAUAAAUGUCACACAACAGAAUGGAAAGCCAGUUUUAUGAUACGGGAACAGAUUGAGAGAAGUUUCAUUUCUCAAUAUAGUGGAGCUCUCAUACUUCUUAUAACAUAUACGGUGAUUUAUUCCCUGACGUACAGUAACUAUCAGUGCAUUACUGAUUUAGAAUCACGGCUGGAAAAUGAACCCAGAGCAGUCUAAGAAUAGUCAUCUUGUAUGAAACACAACCACCACAAGCAGGGGAUAUCUUUCUAGUCCAGGUUUUGGAGAAUUCACCAGGAAAUACUAAAUUUUUGUUUUUUAAUCACCUAUGACAUCAGCUUACCUAUUUCACCUGAAGUUUACAUUUGCCUGAUGAUCUCGGAACUCUGACUAUGAUUUAAGGAAAUGUCAUGAAAAUACAUUCAAUCAAUGGAAGAAUUCUUCCCCUGCCAAAGUACCGAAUUCUAGAUUUAGAAAGAAAUUGUACAGGGAUUGUGAGAUGUGUUCCUUGUAAGUGAAAGGGCAGGUAGGUGACCACAAGUGAAUAGCAAUUCCUAGGUAGAUAUAUCUUAACCUGCACGUUUGGCAAUGAUUUAGCAGUACGGAUUGCACGUCUACCUGAAUCUGACACGUUCUGUGAGCGAGAGAGUCUCUAAAAAGGUACUAAAGACCUCUGUCAGUUCAUGUGUGACUGGUGAGGAUGGAAUGGAGGGAGUGGCGGAUGUGUGAUACAGUCUUACCAUUGUGUUACAUUGUUAUCACGUAUUAAAAUAUAUCAACAAGUGUAAAGUUGAGUAUUUCAAAAUAUUUAAAUCUGCCUUUACAUCAUGCACUUGCUUGUAAUCCUAGAGUCCUGUUUAACUAUAUAAAAUGAAUGGAGUCAAUAUCUAGGCAAGUCUAAGGGACACUGGCGGCACCCAGACCACUUCAUCUGAGUGAAUUGGCCUGGGUGCAGUGCCUCUGUCCCCCUCAGUUCUGCAAUGUAAAUCAUUGCAGGACUAAGACUGCCUCUAUCUAUCAGCCACUAGAGGCACUUCCUGUGUUCUAACAGAGUUUGACUUAGUUAAAUGAAGCUGGGCGUCCUCACGCUCUGCAUGAGGACAUCCAGCAUCAGUAAAAUGCACAUAAGAAAUCAUUGUCUCAAUGCUUUUCUAUGAGGAAGACCUAAUGCGACCGCAGCACUUGCCACGCAUGCACAUUAGGUCCCCCCUUGUCGGAUGACGUCGGAGGAGGCAGAGUGCCGACCCAGUGCACAUUCCCUUUAAAUACACUCAUUAUUACUAAAGAGAAAAAUGCUGUGAGUGCAAUGUGAAUUUAGAGUCAAUUUUAAAUGUAAGGCCAGAAUAUCCUAACUGAAAGCAGAAUCUUUCUAAAUCGAGUAUUUUAGCCUGUGAAUUCCAGGCAGUUCCCUGACAGUAUUCCACAUGCAGUGGAUUUUUCGAGGGUGUCCUGUCUCGGUUGUCCGAGCUUGUUGCGGUAUUGUUCCCCAGUAAUGAGAAGUGUGUCCGCUGGCUGCACUGAUUCAGUUCACUGACUCAUUCGAGAAUGCUGUGGAAAGCAUUUAUACUGUAAAAUAAACAUUUCCCGUGUCUGAGCUCGCCGUGCAGGACGAGAGACCUGCUUGGAAUUCACAACAGGAACAGUUUAUACAAAAAGCAAUGUACCUAAACAUGAGUUGUGUAAAUAAGGCACACGUUUCACUCCCUGAGUGUCUAGAAGGGCAGGCCAUUUUUCCUGCACUAUAAACUCCUUUUUUCUCCACCGUCAGCGACUGAAGUAGAGAUGUUUAAACAGACAGCGCUCUGUAAACAGAAAGGGUUUAACGACCUUUAAAUAUCUUUAAAUAUCAUAUGAAACAUUCUGUGUCGGCUGGAGACAGCCACCGCUUCGCAGGUCUCGGGAGACUGCAACUCCUGCAUUGCACAGCCACCCAUCCACCAGCAAAGCAUCAUGGGAGCUGCAGUCCAACAUUCGCUAUUGUAAGGGCUUCUUUUAUAUAUUACGAUGUGUUAGUCAUUUGUAGUCAUGGCUGCAAUCUGAAACCUGCUUUUAAAAUCUCCAAUUCCUGAGUUCAAUGUUAAGUAAAGUGCAGUGAAUGGGGUAUUUAUUUACCCGGAGACGCAGGAGGUGCGGCUUAUUGCAUCAGCGUUGAGCUGCGUGAUUGCCAGAAUCCCAGCAUCAGACAUAGCCAGCUGAGAGCCUGCCAGCAAUCAUUUGUUCUCUUUUGACACCAAAGAGCUGGUUACUCCUAGCCUAGGGGCAAGUAUAAAUUAAUGGCCUUUGUUUAUACCUGAAAUUCACAAAUCCCAAACCCCGGGAAACAUCCCAUUGGGCCAGCCGAAUAUUAAAAUCACAGGCCACCAGUAAAAACACAAACCCACGCUGGACUGGGCUAGCACAGGCUCUGCACAAUUCCAAAAAUAAUACACAAUGGGGUGAAGCAUAGGAAGUGUAAAGAAAUACAUGUAUAGUGUACACUUAUGUAUAUAAGUGUAUAAAAAAAUACAUACAUAUCUUGAUAUUCUAUAAAAUAUAACAGAGAAACAAAAAUAGUGCAAAUAAAUGUUGCCAAUAUAAAUAAGAAUUGAGAUGAUCUGUCACACUCACAAACAGACACUUGGCUCCUGUGAGUAACGCCUCGGGAUCUUAGGUGAGAUCCAAUAUCCUCUUAUUCCUUAAAUAGGAAUUGGUGGAUGGUUUCAGCUUGAUGACGAACUCCACAUAGAUAAUAAUGGAAAACUAUUUAUUGUAUUUAAAAAUAAUUCAACAACAAAAUAAAAUAAAAAAAUUGGGUGCAAAGUCCUAUCCAAAGUAGUCUCCCAAAAGGUGGUUCACCAGUCUCUUUUUUGUGGGAGCAACUACAGCUUAUUGCAUUUGUUCUGGUGAGUAGAAUCAUUCCCUUCAGCCUUUUUGCUGUAAACACUGUCUUUUCAGAGCAAAUGCAGUGUUUACAUUACAGCCUAGAGGGAUACCUCCACUGGCCACCCUUCGGAUGGCUGCUAGAGGUGCUUCCUGGGGCAGUGCUGCACAGUGUGACUGACAUUCAGUGUCUCUACCCUCUGCAUGCAGACACUGAACUUUCCUCAGAGAGAUGCAUUCUAUGAGGAGAUGCUGAUUGGUCAGGGCUUUGUUUGGCUUGUGCUGGCUCUGUCCCUGAUCUGUCUCCUUGACAGUCUCUGCCAAUCCAAUGCUUUCCUAUGUAAAAGCAGUGUGAUUGGCUCAGAACACCACUUCUGACGAUGUCAGCCAAGCAGAAAGCUCAGGGACAGAGCCAGCACCAGCAGACUGGAGUAAAAGUAAGCUGUUGCUAUAGUUAGAGGGUAAGGGGAGGAGGGGAGCAGAUGGUGGUUCUAACACUAUAGGAUCAGGAAUACAUUUGUGUUCCUGACCCUAUAGUGUUCCUUUAAUUAGAAAAGUAUAGGCUCUUUAAAAAAAACUGUAGAUAUACCUCAUGUCAAAAAAGUUUAAAUGUAUCUGUCUACAUAUAUUUAUUAUUUUUUUAUUAAGAUUAUUAUCAUUGAAUGCAUGCGGUGGCAUUUUCUGGCCUGUCUGGGCUCUGUAUCUCAGUCUGUCAGUGUAUUAUAAUGUAAUUCCCUUGGAUAUUUACUAACCAGGGUGGAGAAUGAGAAUUGCACGGAACAGAACAAAGGAAUAGUAAGGCUGCCAGAUGCAUAAAGCAAUGCCAAUCAUUAAUCUGACUCUUCAUCGCUGGAGCAAUAAAUCACACAAUAGAUGCACAAUGCAGUACUCCUUAUCCUUUUAACUUGAAUCAAUACCUAACGCUCAUAAUGGGGCCCGUUGUAAGGAAACUGGCCAGUCCUGUUCUGCUUUGUGGUUUUAAGGAAAUAAAUCCAGGUGCAUUCUGCGAUUUCUAGAUCAUUACAUCGCUAACAAAAUAGAGAUGGGUAUUUAUUACCAAUAAAAUAUAACAUAGAAUAACACUAAAUGAAUCUGAAAUGUAUCACUUGGUUCUUUAAUUAUCUCUGGACCUGAAUUAGUAGAAACAAUUAUCAUGAUCAGUGUUGAAAUGACAGGGGUAAGACCCAGUAACUCUGGGCAUGUCUGAGCAGGUGUUUAUGGGAUUUGCAGUUUAGUACUAGUUUCAUUCAUGAAAUGACAUGAAUGGAACUACUGAACAAGAUAAUGGAAGUCGUAUUGUUUUUCAUAGAUAGAAGUAGUUGCUGCUUUGCAUAUCGGCGGUCAUUGACCAGGUUGUCACAUAGAAAACCAAAUUACAAUUACAAGUCACUGGGUCUAGAUAGGAAACCUCGUUGUGCCAUAACUGGUUGAAUGGUGCAUAGAGUGUCUCUAUGCCGACUACCAGGUGCAAAGGACAGAGUUUAUAACAAUGAUUGACAGGGAGAUAAGAGGUGUGAAUUUCUACAUUUGAUUAUAUUUUUCACAUCUAUAUUGUUAAUUAUAGAGAUAAGUAAACGUAAGAUGAAAAAUUCUAGGAAAUCAGUUUCCCUUUAAGUGUCCCUUUAACUUGGCACCAAAGGCCACCGGUGGCUCCUAUGAAGUAGAGGGUACUGAUGAAAAUGUGCAUUCAUCUUCCACUUAUUAGCUAAACUGUUCGAUCAAACUCACCGGCAACAGUCACAGAAAUCAUGUUCUUAGAUUUAACUAUGAAGCAGAUCUGCACGGAGGGAAAUGAAGUAUGCAAAAAGUAUAAGGACGUUUAACACCCUGUAGGAUAACUUAGCAUCAAUAAACCUGCUUAUAUUAAUUGUAAAAAUAUCAGAUAUCUUUUCACAAUACAGUGAUAGCAUAAAAUCUAAUUCAUUGCAACCUCUAAUAAUUAAUGCAAUAUACUCCUGGAGUGGUGUAAUUGCCAGUCACUAUGACAACCAGGUCAUGAGAUUCUCAAACCAUCUCUUGGCUAUCUUGUAUUGACAGGUGUAGAGAGCCGAUCAGUUAGAGAGAGAUAUUAUUAUUGGGUUUUUGUUUUUUUGGAGACAGCCAAGAAAUUCAGCUCCAAUUGACCCCUCUCUCAGCAGCUGCUGGACCCCAAAAGCAUCCCGUAAAAGCUGCAGAAUAAAAGCUUCAAUGCACCAAGACUGCGUUCACAACUAAUAUCUACCCCAACGGCCUUGUAGAGCUUGUGCCUGCUUCCUCACUCCUUCAAUAAAAAUAGACAUAGCAAUGUACAUCCCACUGUUUUUAAUCAGCAAUAAAUGGUGCUACGAGGCUACAGCCCACAAUCCAUAUUUGUUAGUGUUCUGGGGGCCAAUUGCCCUCCUCCCCCUUGCCAGUCUUCUCUUGCCAAAAGACUCCAAAGAGUAAAUUUCAAAUUAGAAGCUAAACCUUUUAAAAGCACACCUUAUUUAUAUCAACUCGUACCAUGUUCUAAUUUGUUAGUUUUUUUUUUUUUUUUAAAGUAAUUACUUAAUGCAAACAGAGACCCCUGUAGACCUUUUUCAAGUCUCUACAUAUUUUCUAAAUUACAAAAAGGUCUUUCUGCUAGCUAAAACUGAAUCUAAUUAAGUGACGUGUGCAAUUUAUAUUUCUAUGAUUCUAAGAUAACUUUUCAAAUAGUUUCUAUUUAACAAAUGAGGAUAAUAAUGUGAACAGUAAGAAUCAUUUUCUAAUUUACCUGUAUGGCUGGGGGAGAAAUAGCAGGGAAUUACUGUCUGUAACAUGUAUCUACUUCUGCAAGGUAUCAGUCUAUAUAAUGUGUUACAUACACUAAGGGUUUAUAUACCUAUCCCACCUGGGGGCAGCGCUGUGCGAAGUGACCUCUAAUUCCCCUGACCAUUACUGCACUCGAUAGCAGAGGAAACUACAUUAUAAUGGCAUUGAAUAAUAUGACACUUGCUAAGUUAGAGAGUGACUCAAAGUUCACUUUAUAAAAAGCUAAACAUAUUCUUUGUAGUUUGUAAAUCUUAAGUAAAUAUUGAAACAACAAAUAAAUCCAAUAAUCCGCUAAGCAGUUCAAUAAUACUCAAUGGUGCACCAACUCUGCCAAGUGGCCCUGUUUAGGAUAGAAAGUCCCUAACUGUGGUCUGAAUCCUUGUUCUCUAGGAGUUCCAUAUUGUAAGUGUGUCUGAUUAGAUAACAUCAUUUUGUAGCAAUAACACUCACAGUAAUGUGCUUUUAAAGGGGCACAUUAAGUGUUGUAGUGUUUAUGGUGCCAACGGUCUACCAACACCAUCCCAUAAUAAGGAGUAAGUUUGACUCUUACCUAGGAUCUCCAGGAGCCUGCAGCUCUCACUGUCUGCUAUGAUAUCACUAAUACAGAGAUUCACGUUCUGCUUUACAAUGUUAGUUUUGUCCAACUAUAGACAUGAUGUAUAUUGCGUUUAUGGUUCUUAGAAUUGUCCUUUAAACUACAAUAAAUGUGUUUAACCAGUCUGAGUAAAUAAGACACUUUGUUCUUGUUCUAAGUCACAUAUUCAGUUCUUACAACGUGGUGCAAUGGGUCGAUAUUCCCUAACCAUACCUCCAGUCACACCCCUAUAAUUAAAGUGUCUCUGUCGUAGCUAUGUGAAAUCAUUGGGGGUACGGUGCAUCUUCUCAAAGGAAACCAAUGCAUGCUAUAUAGUAAAGAGGGGGCCCAGCACCCCCUAUCUUCAGCUUCCAGCAGCUCCUCUCUCCGACUCUGAAGAUUGCAUUUGCAGUUUCAACUCUUCACUAUGCAGACAGUCGGGGGCCUGUAGGGGUACAAAUAUAUCAUUAUAAUAGCUAUAUAUGUGCAAAAAUACCCCAAGGAGGUAGGUUUCUAGCACUUGUUAAAUGGUCAAGUGGGCAGCUUGAACAAUCCAAAACAGUCUCUCCUUACUGGUAGUAAAUAGUUAAUGUAUAGAAGGAGGGGAGCAGGUCCAGGUCAGUGCGGGUCAGUAUGUAAUGCGAAGAAAGAACAAAGUGCAGGAUAUAGUGUAGUAUGUAGAAUGAUGAUAACGUGUUAAAAAAACAGCAAAAGGAAUUGCACUUACAGUGUAUGGAGCUGAUAAUUAGCUCCAAUUUGAUGCGGUAGGUGGUAUAAUCCCUGCUGUAGGAUAUAUACUUGGUCUUAUGGAGGGUACUAUAGAGGUAUGUAAAGAGAACAGAGCGCCACCAACAUAGUGUAGUAUGUUGAAUAUACUGGGUGGUGUGAUAGAUACUGGAUGGAGUAUAUGUGCACACUGGGAAUGUGGGGCCCAGGCCCCCAGGCAACCGGGGCUCCAUAAAAGCAUAUCAGAUGUACCCCCUGAUGGCAGCCUUAUAUACAAUGAGCUGUAAUGAUACAAUAAGCUUUAAUAAUUUAAUGGAUUGUAAUGAUACAAUAAGCUGCAAUAAAACAAUAAGCGGUGAAAUAUGUAAUGAUACAAGAAGCUGUGCGAUACAAUAAGCUGUAGUAAUACAAUGAGCUGUAAUGAUACAAGAAGCUGUAAUUAUACAAGAAGCUGUGCAAUACAAUAAGCUGUAGUAAAAUAAUGCGCUGUGAAGGUACAAUAAGCUACCGGUAAUUAUACAAUAAGCUGUACUAAUGCAAUGAGCUGUAACAAUACAAAAAGUUGUAGUGCUUAUGGUGAUCAAACAGUCCCCUGGAAGUACUGCCACGAGGUCUGAAAUACAACCAUCCAUUUCCUAUAAAUCAUAAUCUGCUUUAAAAAAAUGGCAGAUGCAUUGACCCGAACCCUGCUAAAUGUCCUGAGUUUCCAGGAACAGUCACGAAUGUCACGUCCAGUGCUCGGGUUUUCACCCACAUUCUGGACUCAUGAUGUUUCUUUUCUUUGUGCUUGGUUCUAAAGGGUUAAUAAGCUGUAAUUUAUUUUCUCAAUAUGUUCAAUACGGGGUAUAUACCUUAUUCCUCUAAUUGGAAGCGGAUUUAUUCACCGAAUCCCUUCUCCUCCAGCACCCCACCAUUCAGCAGAUUGCAGCUUGUACCAGAAUUAUCCCAGCUAUAAAUCACAGCCUCUUUGGACUGUUACAAGCGUUUUAAGACUUGCUCACAGAUAAUCACCUAAAGUGUAAAUCAGUCUUGUAUUUCAGGAGAGAUGGGAAGGCUGUAAAAUUAGAUUUUAUGUCUGUUUGUUAUACAUCUCUUUCUACAAACUGUCUAGCAGGUCUUCCUCCUGUUUAAUCAGAGGCCUUUUAAUACAUAAGUAAUGAUGGAGGAUCAUUUAAAGGGAUACUCCAGGAGGAAUCAAUGCAAAGUUUUUAAUGCAUUCACUAAAAAGAAAAACCAAUAGAGAUAAAUUAUUUUCACAACAAAAACUUGUCACUUACUGCAUUUGAGAUAUCCAGGAAGUGGCUGGAGCCAGUCAAUCCUGGUGAUACCUUUUAUUUUCCAAUGCUGAAGCUAAACAUAUUCUGACCUAUUGCUCGAAGCAAAUUAAUAUUUAGAAGCCUAGCAUAUUCUUUAAACCUGGCUCAGCAGGCUAGUUACAUAAGUUUCUUCGUUCGAGAAAAUAAAAAUAUGGCUUUUAUACAGGAAAAUACGAAAAUACGGGAAACAAAUUUUGACCAUUUUGUCUGGUUUUGUCUUGUCUGGGUAUGCUUUAGUAAGUUUUGUCUGUGUAUUGUUGCCUCAGGAGUAUACAGAUCAGGAGCGUGGGGUUUAAAAUUGCUUUGUCGUUGUUUUCUUGUGAAAUGUUUUGACACGCUUUUCCUGAUGACGUACUAUUUAUGCAAAGUAAGGCAAAAAUGGUAUAUUGUGUUUUGUUUAUAUGGAAUAACCAAUAAAAAAAAAAAUAUUAAAUAAAAAAAAAAUAUGGCUUUUAUUAACUUUGCACUUAGCAUUAUUGACAGACAUGUACGGUGGGUCCUAUCUGAGGUAAUGGGGAGAGUACGUACCCUCCAUUAAAAUAUUGGCACAGGGAAAGGAGAACAUUGCAACCUGGCAUUUAAUUUAAUAUUUUAGAAAAUUGCAGAAACUUGUUUUUAUCAUGUCAGUUUUUUUUUAAUAAAGUGUUUGGUGGAAUGAGUUUUUGAGCAUAAAAAAGUCUACAAAAUAUACUUUUUUUUUUCUGGUCAGCAAAUGUCGACUUUUCAGCCUCUUCAUAUUCCCAGAGGCUCUCUAUCAUGCAUAUUGAUGAGUUAUACUUUGAGGAGCUGGAAGCUGAGCCGUGGACCUGCAAACAAUGGCAAACAUUAAAACAGCCCAUUCAUUGUAAUUUAUCAGUCUGUGCUUCUAUAAGGAAUCAUGGGUGAAAGAAGCAAAUUAGCAUUAAUUUGCAUUAAAUGCCAUGCCUGUGCCUUUUCAGAAGUUGCUUGUGAUGUAAUAGUAAAUGUUAAAUGUAUUCAAAUAAUUUAAACAAUUUGAAAAAAGAAGUCAUAUAUUCACAAACAGUCAAGGAAAUAAGGCAAAUAGUUAAUCUUUAAAAAAAAAAAAGUUUUAAUGUGACCACUUCUGUCUUGAUAAAUAGGAUCACAGGGACGUUGUAUCUAGAUUGUUUUGACACAUGAAUAUUUUAUAAUGAAAAGCACAGAAAGUUGGUGAAUCUUGUGAUUUCAGGUUCAGACGUUCCGUUUUUGCUAGCGGAACAUCAAAUAACUGCAAAUCAGGUUAAACAGUGCUUCGAGCUAACAUUUUACCGUCCUAUAUUUUGUGACCAGGGUGUGUUAAGUUCCGCAACAUUCCAUUGCAAGGACAUUCUUUUUCAGCAACACCACAACACAAAGUCAAGGUUAUUCAGGAAUUCCAAGCAAAUUUACAAACUGAGGCCAAAAUAUGUAAACUGAAAAUAAUUCAGAGCUCCCAAUUGUACUAAUUUUCUCAGGGUAGUCCCGAUUUCGGGGUCCUGCCUUGCUGUUCGGAUUAAAUUCCCUGGUUUCCCACAUUUAGGGACACCAGGAACCUGUCCUCACCAGCACAAUGUGAGUGCAUCUUCAUCAGCGCUCUCUGCGUGGUCCUAUAGGUUGGGUAUUUGCACGGCUAGCCAAACUAGAAACAUUCUCCUAAUAUUCUCUAGGCUUACAUUUGAAAUUUACUUUCAUCUCACCUUGACUUCUCACUUUAGUGUUUCUGGACGUUCAAUAAAGCAUCACAGCUGUGCAAUAAACUGCCUUUAUUGUUGCUCUGAGCCAUGCUUCGAAACUUCCAACUUCCAAUUUGUAUUCUCAUCUGAAAUCUUCUUGUGUGCUCUCAUCUAUCAGUGUAUAUUAUUGUACAAUGCCUUUUAUAUAUAUAUAUAAUGUUGUAUUGUAAUUGUUUCCUGUUUGUCUGUCUGUUUAUGAAAGUUUUUUUUUUUUCAUUUUUAAAUUUUUUUUAGAUGUCAACACCGCUGGAACAAAUCGCACAGAAGACUGGGGGCAAUUUCUUAAUAUAUGUGAUUCCGUUAGUACUACAGGGGAGGGGUAAGAAUUGAAUUCAUCGUUUUCUAUUGUGUCAUUGUGAACCCCUUUAUUAGUUCAUUAGGCCAUAGGGGCAACAUUGUUUUAGGCAGUCAGUUAAUUUAAAGAUAGGAUUUUUCAUAUAAUUAUAGUUAUUGAUACAUCUGGAUAAUUACAGUACAAAGUAUGUUUAUGUUAUUUAAUCUUAGUUUUAACUGAGUCCACCAGGAUGAGGUAGGCCAGCCCUGGGUCACUUUAAAAUAUAAAUUAUAUUAGGUUUAUAAGCAGUAAAUGGGAAUAACUGAAAAAACAAACCGCAAAAUGGUUUUAUUGGUAAAGUAUCAUUUGAUUUAUAUAUAUUUAUUUAUUUGUUUAUUUUGGGGGGGGGGUUUUCGUAAAAGCUACUUUGGUUUAAAUUUCAAUUCAACACACGUUAUUGUUUAAUAAAAAAAAAAAAAUGUAUUUAUAGGCUAAUUGAACAUACAGGAUUUUCCAUAAACCAUGACCGGUAUUUUGAAUGAGUUGCCCUCCACCCUCCCUCCAUUGCCCCUGUUUGCAAUUCCCAUGCAAUUUUAUGCAUUAGGUAGAAAUAUGACACUCAAUUACAUAAUAUAAGUAAACAUGCUUAUAAACUGAUGCAUGUUAAUCUUUGCUUUGCCUCACGUCUAUGUUGUACUGUAUGUCGGCUGAAUAUUAUCAGGAUAUUGUUCAGUAUAGUAUCCAGUGGGUCAUAGUGCUGGGUUAACCGAAUCAGGAUGCAUUGUGAAUAUUUAUCUUUUUGAAUGUUUCACAGAAGUGACUGUAACUGUACUGAUAUCUGUCCAUGUUUUGUGUCCAAUAGACCCAAAGAGGCCAUCAAAGCAUUCAAGAAACGUUUGUAUAGAAACUACAACCAGAAAGAAGUGCGUCUCGCUCUUUCUGUGAGUUGGGGAAAAAUUCACUAUCAUUAUAUAAAAUAAACAGACAUAAAAUGUAACAGCCAGCCUGCAAUAAAAGAAUUAAAAAAACUACACAGUAACUCUGUUGAGACAAUCACUCCAGAAAAAUGACUCAAUGUAUUGCACUCACAAACCACAAAGCAAUAGAGGUGUUGAAGCAAAGUUCAGAUUAUCUGGAUGGAAUAUACUCCCAAUGGAUAGUCAGCAUUGAUCGUGUCCAUGUUUUGUGUCCAAUAGACCCAAAGAGGCCAUCAAAGCAUUCAAGAAACGUUUGUAUAGAAACUACAACCAGAAAGAAGUGCGUCUCGCUCUUUCUGUGAGUUGGGGAAAAAUUCACUAUCAUUAUAUAAAAUAAACAGACAUAAAAUGUAACAGCCAGCCUGCAAUAAAAGAAUUAAAAAAACUACACAGUAACUCUGUUGAGACAAUCACUCCAGAAAAAUGACUCAAUGUAUUGCACUCACAAACCACAAAGCAAUAGAGGUGUUGAAGCAAAGUUCAGAUUAUCUGGAUGGAAUAUACUCCCAAUGGAUAGUCAGCAUUGAUCGUGAUACUUCCCAAACAUUUUAAGUAAAAUGUGAGAAAAGAAAGUGAACUUUCUAUACCAGAUAAAAAAAAAAAAUCGAAUGUUAUUGCACUUAACUCAAUUAAAAAUAUUCUCAGCAUAUCACGAUAAACAUCACCAAGUCUGAUUAUUUUUCAAACCACCACGUUGCGCCCUAUGCGUUUCGUCCCCAGUGGACUUCAUCAGAACUCUCAGUGAGUUGAUAAUCGCAAAAAAAUACGUAAGUAAAACAAUAAAAGCAGAGUUUAUGUAACUGGAGAUUUAGAGCACAACAAUCCAGGUUAGACACCAUCUUUAAGUCCCGUUCCCUCGCCCUCCCUUCAGGUUUAUUAGAGAGUACAUAAGGGAAAAUGCUUAGUUCUUUAGUUCCCCAAAUGCAAUGGGUAAAUCAAUGCAUACGUAGAGCAAAGUGUAAAAGUAUUUGCAUUCCCCUUUCUAAAAUAUUGUGGCUAGAUGCCUUCAGUGCAAUAUAACAAUAAAACAUUAACACAGUAAUCAGGUGAUAAUUCCAAAAACAAAAUAAAGCAUUUUAACGCUGGAAUCGAACUGACAAACCUUUGUUUUACCUUGAUACAUCUUCCCGGUAGUGUGUAUAUUAUAUGUAACUAUAUAUAGUAGACUUGUGCACUUUCAAACUGAUUCAUGGGAAUUUUCAAAAUUUUUUGGGAUCGGAAGAAUUUUGGAAACAAUUUUGGAAACAAUUUUGGUUCAGUUCGAAAAUUCAGUCUGAUUCAAAAAAAAAUUAUUGGGGGAGUCCUAAGAUGCAAUAGAUACGGAGACUAUAAUGUCCAUUUUACACAAAGACAACUCUCAAACUGUUAAUUAGUGAUUCAAAGUUGUUGAUAAAUGUCAGUGGCUGAAAAUUUGAAUGAACUGAAAAGGCUUGGCUAUCGUCCUAUUUGGUUGAUUUAGAAUUCGAGUAAAGUUAAAUUCAGAAUCAGGAAUUUCAGUUAAAGGGACACUAUAGUCACCAGAACAACUACAGCUUAUUGAAUUUGUUCUGGUGAGUAGAAUCAUUACCGUCAGGCUUUUUGCUGUAAACACUGUCUUUUCAGAGAAAAUGCAGUGUUUACAUUGCAGCCUAGUGAUAACUUCACUGGCCACUCCUUAGAUGGCUGUUAGAGAUCCUUCCUGGGUCAGUGCUGCCUAAAAUGCAUCCAAACAUUCAGUGUCUCCUCCCUCUGCAUGCAGACACUGAACUUUCCUCAUAGAGAUUAAUUGAUUCAAUGUAUCUCUAUGAGGAGAUGCUAAUUGGCCAGGGCUGUGUUUGAAUCAUGCUGGCUCUGCCCCUGAUCUGCCUCCUUGUCACUCUCAGCCAAUCCUAUGGAGAAGCACUGUUAUUGGAUCAGGCUACCACUUCUGAUGAUGUCAGCAGACUGCUUGUUUUUUUUUAGGCAAACAGCGUGCAGAGUUAAAGCUUCAGGCUUGACUACAGUAAGAUUUUGCUAUAUUUAUGGAGGCAUGAGGGGCCCAGGGGGGCUAGAUGGUGGUUUUAACACUAUAGGGUCAGGAAUACAUGUUUGUGUUCCUGACCCUAUAGUGAUCCUUUAAACACCCCAUAGGCCCAAAUUUGGCCAAAUUUCAAUUCCAACAGAACCAAAUCUCCAAGUUUAAUACGCAGUAAUUAAUAUUGUAUCUUUAACUUUGAAGCUUCUAGAGAUGUGUAUGAAGAAUUGUGGUCCUGCCUUCCAGUCGCUGGUAGUGAAGAAGGAUUUCUGUAAGGAUGUUUUGGUAAAACUGCUAAACCCAAAAUAUAACCUUCCAGUCAACUUUCAAAACAAGAUCCUUCAAUUCAUUAAGGUAAGUGCAUUAUCUGCUACAGGAGUAAAAUGACUAAACACAGCACAACUGGGCUCUCAGAGGCGCACACAGAGAUAACCAAAACAUUAUCAGUGUUUUCAAAGUCAACGUCACAUUUAAAGUCAAAGUAGCUGAAACGAGGCAUAGCUGGCUUAAAGAACGUUUCCGGUUUGUCUAUAUCAAUCUUAAAUUUAAAAUUCACUUUGAAUUCUCACUAUAGUGGAUGCCCCUGUCUUUUUAUAAUCAGAUCGAUAACUGACCAUUGGUUAUGGCCUAUACUAUGAUAUAUGAAAGCUGCUAUCUGGGCAGCUGUGACUUGGCCCCAAAAGGGUCGGGCAUCUCUCCAAACUGCAUACCCCUGUUCCUGAGCUCUAAAUGCAGGGCAUCAGAGAGACUGGUUCUACUAAUAUUGAUCCAUACUGUCCCCUGACAAUCUGCUCUGUUAGUGACAGCGGACAUUGGGGUAAUAUUAUUUAGCUGUUCCCAAUCUCUUCCCACAGACGUGCGCAUGGGAUGUUCCAGAAAUAUCCUGGCACACCCUAGUGCAGGGUGCCCAAAAGCUAGAUCCCCAGGUGUUUUAAAACUACAGUUUCCAUAAUGCUUUGCCAUUCUAAAGGCAUUCCAAAAGUAUGCAAAGCAUCAUGGGAGUUGUAGUUCUACAAUAUCUGGGGAUCUGCCUAUUGGGCAUCCCUGCCCUAAUGAGUGCAAUUUCUUUUUAUUUUUAAUUAAAUAUGUAAAUUAGCAUUUUUGCAAGUAAUGUUUCAAUGGAAAUGUUGCACUCUCUAAUGUACUGUGCACUGCAUGUCUACCAAUGCUCUACAGUGAGAGAAUGCCACUAUCUUAUGGGUGGAUGUCAUCACUGGCACUGGAUUCCUCUAGGUUAAUAAACCAAAAAAUGGCUUUAAAAUGCCAAAAAUGCAGCGUGCCAUUUUGUUUGUCCUCAAGCACUGACCGCACAAUAAGACUGUUUGUAGACUUGCACAAAAAUAAUUUUGAAGCGAUUUGUCCAAAUAAAAUGUCAAUUAAUUCAAAUUGACCUCACCUGUAGAUUCCACAGGUAAAAAUACAGGUAUAACGAUUUGAAAACAAUUUGUUUGACAAUUAUCUGUAAUUUUAUCCAAACUUAUCACGUCGUCAAAUAUUUGCAGAUGGUCAUCAGUUUCAUCUGUUGGCUUACAUUAGACACUGAGUUCUUGUCAGUUUAUGAAAUGACUACACAGGUAUAAAAGGAUGACAAAAUAUAUAUGUUUGUAUAUUGCUUUUUUAUAAUUAUUUACCAAUGUAAUUAUUAUUUAUGUGGAUUUACUAAGUCAACCUUACUUAAAAUGUUUUGCAUAUUGUCUUUGUUUCUUUUUAAAAGUCAUGGUCAUCUGGUUCUCUACCAAACGUGGAUACAACUGAGGUCAAAGAAUUGUAUCUCGAUUUGGUUAAAAAAGGAAUCCAGUUUCCCCCUUUGCCGAUCGAUGCAGAGAUUUCGCUGGAGACAGUGGAGGUAAAUGGGAUCACUGCUGAGUAUGAAAAAUCUAAAGAAUCAAAUAUAAUGUAGUUGGAAAAAAAUGACAUGCAAUUGGCUUGUCAGUCAGUGAACGGGCAAACCCUGACACGUUCCAAAUUAUUAACCUGAUAAUGGCUGCGGGGUUUAUCUACUGAACAAAUCUUAUUAAAUAUACAAGGCUGUAGCAAAUGUUGGGACAAAUUAGCGAAAUUGUAAAGAUUCUAAUAAUCUGCUAUUUUAUCAAUAAGGCUAAAAUUACCUAAAUUUAGCACCUACAAUUGGUUUGUUUGUUUGUUUUUUUUGCCUUCUUUUGGAUCAAACAGAUGUUUGAAAUGCUCAACCGGUGGUUUUAAGUCUUUUCUUCAGUCUCCAUUACGUUGUAAUUAUGUCAUGAUGGAAAUUCUAAUUACUUAGAGAAAGGGGCACUAAGGACCAUGAGUACUUUGGGCUAGAGGUACUUAGAGGAGGAUUCCUUACUGUGAUUUGAGUGUUCAUGUGUAGAGGCUGUGAUAGGUUUAUUAAGUUUUAAUGUUGCUUUUAAGAGAGACCAGUUUUAUAAGAUAUCUGCCCUUGGAACACAUCUCAAUGAAAUAUCAAAAAUGAUAUAGCUCAGAAGAAAACCCCCCAGAAAAUAAAAGACUUUCUCCAUAAACUCCCUUUCACGUACACACAAACAUUUUAGAUCUCGACGAUUUACAAUUACCCGAUCACCAGGGGUCCAUAAUCUACAGAUUGAGACACGGUAAUACGCCAUUUUCCUUAACAUAGCUACUAAAUGAAAUGUUUCGGGUUGUCAUGCCCUUGGCGCUGUGGAUGCCUCCAACCUUGAGAUGCUACACAAAAAAACACAACGUGUCCGUAAAAUACACAACUUCUCCCGUAAACAUUGAGGGCUGUGAUACUGAUGUGGGAAAUGUUUUCAGCUGUUAAACUAUGUAACCGUGUUAAACUUUAUAUUAUAUUACAGUCUUCGUACUUCCAGAGGUUAUCAGAAUGUUUCUUUAAUUAUGGCUCAUUGAAGCAGUUAAUUAUGACUGCGUUCUCGGAUGUAAUUAGAUCCUGUUUAUCUUGUCUGACCAGCCGCAGAGUUUAGUGCAUGUAAUAUAUCUGCUGGUAAAAGCAUUAAGAUAGAUUUCUUUUUUUCUUUUUUCCUUCUUCUUUAAUAAGUGCAGUGCGGUGUCUUUUGUCUCAUCUGCAGUAAAGAUUCUCUGAUAAAUAAUCAGCCAAAAGUAAAGUCGCUUGAAUGUAGAAGAGAUGAUACAUAACUUGAACUUCUGCGAAUGGACAAUGGAGAAAUUAAAAUGGUUAGAAAGUGACCCCCUGGAUGUGUGGUGGUCAUGGCAGCACAUAUAUCAGUAUAGCAAUAAUACAUCAAGCUAGGGAAAUAACAUAAGGGAUGUUCGACUCUCCCCUUACUUUUCGGCCCAGUGGAGAAAGGGAACAUCUGGCUUCUCACUCAACUAAAACUUGAGUAACAGUCUCUUCAAGUCUUUUGAGUCUCUUCUGGCUUUCUUUGUGCCGUGAAACCAGAAGAUUGUAAAUGGUUACUACUGCGGAACACAUAGUAACCAAAGACCCUCUGCUAGAAAUGCUUUAGGUGUUCCAAAGUGCCCACAGUGCCAGUUUUCUAGUGCAGGCAUUGGUGAAGAUGGCUUGGGUGUGGAGAGAAGCAGCGAAGGUCAGGACAUUCGACCUCCUCAUCCGGGAGAAGAGCCAGGACAUCAAGGCCUCCUUCACAGCUUUCUCCGAGCCCCAUGAGAUUAACAUGGCCCUCAGCCUCUGCCCAAUGGCGUCACACUGAUAUUAAUUAAUUAAUACAACCACUUGUUACUGUUAUUGCUCAAAAUCUGCAUUUUUGCACUACACAUAGUGGCACUGUGCAUCAUUCUGACAUUUGUGAUGAGGAUAUUGUCACUGUGAGGUCUUAUGAUAGCCAGACUAGUACAACUACUGUGUCAUUACUGCGCCAACAGUCAACAGCCGAUGCUCAAACACCACUUCUCGGACAACAACCAAUGAUACUUUUUUACAUUUACAACAUUAUUAUUUAAGAUCAAACCACAAAGUAGUACUUAUCCUCCCAUGGUCUCCUGUUAUCCAAGAGUGCAUUAUACUAGUUGGUUUUCUGGUUUUUGACUUUGGCUCGGAUAUUGAUCUCACUAUUCUCUGAGACCUUGGCUUGCUUAUUUUUUACAUGGUCCUUCUGUACUCAUUUGUUUCCUGUUUACUCUCUGCCUAUCUGCAAUCUGCUUCUUGGCACUGUGUUAAGUGACUGGUAAUAUGCUACUGUCCUGUCUUCUCUUAUUGUUGGGAACAUUUAACCUAAAUUUGUUUGUCAGGGUCAUUGGUAGUCUUCAAAGUCAGAGCCUCAAGACCCAGAGGACAUUGCUCUGACAGAAGCAAUCAGAGCAGCAUUAAAGGAUUCUUGGGCAUUCUAAGAUAGAUGUGGGCUGUUUUCUCGGUCACACUGAUCAGAAUGGAUUCUGGAAGUAGGGCAUAAAGGCCCUCAAGCGGCAGAGGUGAAUUUGUGGAAGCUUACUGCGGGCCUAAUUUACUUAAAUAGGCUUAAAUUUUGCAAAUCCACCUGAGUUGGACUGGAGACAACAAGAAACAGGCCAGGAAGGUGGACUGGAACCUGAAGUUCUAGGCAGGAUAGUGGACAUCCUAGUUAUGACAGCUGGACAGCAGUUCCUUUGUCUAUCCCCAGAGAAGGUAGCUCUGGCUCGGAUUCAGAAAAUGCCUGGGUUCUGGCUCUCAAGACUACUGCCCCAAGGCUGAGAUCAGUGAUCAAGUCGUGGUAUGAGGCAUUAUUUGUUACACUUAUUGGGUCAUUUUAAUACAUACAUAACCCAUAAAAAUAUUUCCACCUCAAUCUAAAGAAUGAAUCUAUCUCUGAGUUUGGAUGACUGAUGAAUCGUCUUCUCUUGAUGUUUUACAUCAAUCUUCUCCUGACGACCCUUCAAAUUUCCAAACACAAUAUUUAUACAUGAUUGCAACUUUCUCUGUAAAUGUAAAUGAGUUUAGUUUUUUUUUUUUUUUUUUUAAGUAAAUGUUGUUUGGAAUAGAGUUUUCUCGUUAUCUCAGAAAUUACUAAUGUAUUCCAAUGAAUGUCAUCCUUAUUCGGACUCGGUAAUUCAAAUCAAUGUUAGAGAGAACAAAAAACAAAUGCAUAAAUCUCGGCCCAUUUUCUUGUUCUUAAUGGCAACAAAGAAAAAUCCCUUCCUUCUUUAUAUUGUUGCAAAGCUUCACGCAUUAAGAGGCUUAGUGAAAUUAGCUUCCUUUGUAGUAGCUAUUCUUGCCGUCAGAAGUGAGUGUUUUUAAGUAGAGAAGUGUUUUUGUAAAGUCUACCGUAAACGCACGCUAUUUAUUGAAGAUAAGGUUUUGACGUAUUGUGUCUCAGCAUCCAACCAUUAAUGGCAAUUUAACCAAGAUCAAAAUGAGAUGUUCUUAAAACUACAACGGAAAAUGUUACAAAUAACAAGAUUUAUCAGUGUGUUCACGACUCAUUUUCGUAUUUGUGACAUUAUAGUUAGUACUUUGGGGACAUGUUUACCACUUUUUGUGUAAUCUGGUUAAACUUUUUGGAUUAAAGGAACACUCCAAAAUCCAUAACUAUUACAGCAUGCUGUAGUGGUUAUGGUGCCAGUAGUGCUCUGGUGCCCAGAAUAUAAAUAGUCAAGCAGUUUGCAGGACUUCUUACCUGGUGUCCAUCGGGCACCUCUCCCUGCUUCCCCGCACACCGUGUGGUGGUUUUAGUACUUCUGGUUUUGGUACUUUUUGUUUUUGGUUCCUUUACAUUCCCCACCAUUCAGGCACUAAUCUAAUUUUAAGCUUUAAUCUGCUGUAUAAUUGUUAAAUAUAUGAAUGUGAUAAGUAUAUGAACACUGAACAAAAAUGGGAUGGAUGGAUUGAUGGGUGGAUGGGUAGGUGGAUGCAAGAACAGAUGAAUGAAGGAAGGAAGGAUGGAUGAAUAAAGGAAAAAUGGAUGGCUGAAGGAAGGAUGGAUCGCUGAAGGAAGGAUGGAUGAUGGAUGGAUGAAUGGAUGAACAAAGGAUGGAUGAUGGAUGGAUGGUUAAAGGAUGGAUGAAGGAAGGAUGGAUGGAUGGAUGGAUGGAUGAAGGAAGGAUGGAUGGAUGGAUGGAUGGAUGAAGGAAGGAUGAAUGGAUGAAGGAAGGAUGGCUGAUUAAUGAAAGAAGAAAGGAUGGAAGAAUAAAUGAAUGCAGGAAUGAUGGAUGAAGGAAGGAAGGAUGGAUGGAUGGAUAGAUGAAUGAAGGACGGAUGGAUGGAGGAAUGGAUGAAGGAAGGAUGGCUGGAUGGAUGGAUGAAUAAAGCCCGAUUUUGUUUUUAUUUUUUUAUUUUUUUUAACAGAGCUUCACAAGUAUAUGUUUAAUAUUGGACAAGCCAAAGCAAUAGAUCACUCAGCACUCUGACAAACACAGGAUUAAUAAAACAAAAAUGAGUUUUGAGAAUAUUUUUUUCUCUAAAAAUAAAAGUAUUUUUAAAGAAAUAUUGGUGCCCCCACCACCAUACCCCCAGGCGGACAGUCAGUCCUUGCCCAGUUAUCCUAAAUGUAUUAUGCCAGGGGUACACGAGCUAGGGAAAAGAGGUAAUUUAAUAAAAUUCAGCGUCCCCUGUAAGACGAUCCAUCAACGCGUGUCUUACAGGAGGCAGACGGAGAACUCAUUAACGUUACUGGCCCUCAGCACCAAAGCAAUAAAGUCCCCAUUGUUGGCACAUUUACUGUCCCCAUAACAUGGUGCUGGGCUAAGCAAUAAGUCCAGGAUUAAAUCCUUCACAUCUCCAGACCCAUAUUUAUAGGAUCAGCUUCAAGAGAAAAUUAGAUCAAGAUGGAAUUUAUAGGCAUUUAUGUUUUAUGCAAAUAGAAAAGGUGCUUUUUUUUCCCCCGCAACCUAUUUAUCACUGAUUGCCUUCUUUUUUUUCCCCAAAAUAUAUAUUUUUCCUAAUAGUAUUAACCCUUGAGUAUUCCUAUAGGUAGCUGACGAUUUAUAGUGCAAUAACAUUGUGUCUAAUGAUGUUUCAAGCCUUGUUGAGAACCAUUUAAAUCUUGCAGUUUGGAACUCCCAAUGUCGAAAUCACUCAGUACUCAGUAAAAAAAAAAAAAGGGCUGUUUCUUACUAAAGGUUAAAAGAAAUUUUAGAUAUUCUAUACGGUUUUAUUUUAUUCACAAAUUUGUAAAAAUGUGUUCAUUUGUGUAUAAUUUUCUAGAAACUAUUAUAAAAAGUUAUAAAAAGCAAAUCUUAGUUUUUGUAGGAAUAUUUAAUUAUUGAUAAUUAACUAGUAAAAUCAAAAUAGCCAAUAGAAAAGGUGUUUUUCAACUCACAGGCAAAGCAGUAGAAAUGUAAUAAAAGAGACAAACAGUCGGAGGUCGGUUUAGUUAUAUGAUACCUGAGCCUGUCAUUGUUGUCACCAAGUGACAUUUGCAUCCAGGUAUCUCUUUUGGUCCCAAAGUUCUAGUAAUAUUCACAGUAAUGAACAGCAUAUAUAAAUAUAUCACAGAGCUCCACUGCAAUAAAACUCACAGCAAUGUGCAGUGUGUCUGAGUGUAUCACAGAGCUCCACUGCAAUAAAACUCACAGCAAUGUGCAGUGUGUAUGUGUAUCACAGAGCUCCACUGCAAUAAAACUCACAGCAAUGUGCAGUGUGUAUGAGUGUAUUACAGAGCUCCACUGCAAUAAAACUCACAGCAAUGUGCAGUGUGUAUGAGUGUAUCACAGAGCUCCACUGCAAUAAAACUCACAGCAAUGUGCAGUGUGUAUGAGUGUAUCACAGAGCUCCACUGCAAUAAAACUCACAGCAAUGUGCAGUGUGUAUGAGUGUAUCACAGAGCUCCACUGCAACAAAACCCACAGCAAAGUGCGCCGUGUAUGGAUGUAUCACAGAGCUCCAGAGGACACUGAGCUUCCUUCGUACAUCAUGUAAUGCCAGCUUUAUUUUUUACCCCUUACUUAUUCUCUGUAAUUGAAACGGCAGGACAUCCUCUGCCUUUAAUCACCAGUGCUAAUGUUUCUUGGCUGCAAUGAUUACUUUAGGUGUGAGUUACCUUUAUUACUUCACAAACAGAACCUGGAACGAGGCCCAGCACUGAAGCUGAUAGUAAAUCUCCAGCAAACAGCAUUAUUUUUUUUAGCGAUAAAACGAUAAUGCAAAUAGAAGUAGCAUUUGGCAGGAGCCAUUGUUUGCAGGACCGGUGACUGUUUUUAGACCAAGCGUGAAGAUUACGAAUGGUAGGAUGACAUCAGUGGGAGAGGUACCAGCUGUCUGGCCAAUUUCCUCAAGCUGGACCUUAAAUACCCUCAAACUGGGUCUCAGCUAUCUGCCCCAACUACCAUCAACUGGGAAUGAAAGUAAAAAAUAAGAAGGAGAUAUAAAGGCAACAAUAGUGCUCUCAAAAAAAUACAUGGGAGUAAAAAGGUAAUAAAAAUAUACUCACAAAGAUAGACCAGGCUCACUGCUCUAUGGUAACAGCUUUGGUGGCAUGAUCCCCACCUCAGAUACUUUGGAGUAGAGGAUAAAAUAUAUGAAUGCCAGAUAGUAUGUUAAAAAUAAAAUAAAAUGUAAAAGCUGAGCCCACAGGCUAAAACACUCAGAGAGAUAGACUAGCUCCAUUACCCCAGCCAUACCCAAGAACCUCAUGAUAACGCAUGUCACACGAACGUAAUGCUCAUGUUAUUGAUAUGACGGAGACCUGCGUGACCCACCUGCCAUACCUUACUGUUAUAUGUAACCAAAAAAAUUCUUUAUUAAAUAUAAAUCCAAACAAUAAACAUCCAUAACGCGUUUCGCCUCAAUGGCUUCUUCAAAUGGAGUAAAAACAAUAAAUAUUAACCUGAAUGUAAUUUGGGUGCUUUUUACAAUGUGAGAGAACAUUCGGUUGAAUAUUCCUUCCGGUGAUAAGCCGGACAGCACAGGGGUGAAAUUUUAUAACUUAAUUGCUGUGUCCUCCUAGUACCAGGGACUGGAGCCUCUGACUUGCUACCAGGACUUCAUCACGUACGACUCAGUGAUGCCCAUCCUGCUCUUUGUAAGAGAUUCAAGCUUUCUGUAACGGUUCGAUGUUCUGUUCCCUCUAAGCAAUCUCAGCGGCUUUCUUGCAAUCUAACUGUCAAUGUCUUUUUCAGGAAACGAGACCAAGCAGUAAGUCAUGUUCCCCUGCUUCUCCAGAGUCUUCUUCUACCGUAGCGCAUCUCUCUCCCGAGCAGGUAUUUUAUGGCAGUAUCUGAAUUAAUAUAGUGCACUGUAAUGAGUUCAUUUGUUAAUGAAUAGGAUUAACGUAAGAAGACUAUUAGUUCAUGUAGAUAAAAAACUGUUAUCACUACAGUGAUGCUAAUCACAAUUCAUUUCCUACCCAUUCUGUUAAAGUUUUUAGAGUAGACGGGAUAUUCAUGGAAUUGUACAACGUUGCUAUUCCAAAUAAUUUUAGACCAGAAGAGGCGUUUUUCCCAUUUGAUUAUUUUCGCCUAUAUUUUGAAAGUCUGUUUAACUGCUGAGUGAAUACAUUUGCAACUAGGAUUUUCUUAAAAGCUUUUAUGUGUAUUUACAUAAAACAAUUAGCUGACUAUUCGUUUAAAAAAUAUUUUUGUUUAUUUACAGUUAAAUGUAACUGAUGUGGCAUGCAAAACCAGUGGUUUGGGUUUUUACUUAAAGUGACACUGUAGUCACAAAAACAACUAAAGGCUGGUGUGUAGAGCAUGCCCCUGCAGUCUCACUGCUUAAUUCUUUGCAAUUUCUGAGUCAAAUCACUUUGUUUGUGCAGUCCUACACACAUCCCUGCGUGUGGCUUGCACAGACUUCCUAAACACUUCCUGUAAAGAAUCCUCUAAUGUUUACACUUCCUUUAUUGCAAAUUCUACUUAAUCUAGAAUUUCUUAUCUCCUUCUCUGUUAAUAGCUCCCUAGACCCUGCAGGGGCCUCUUGUAUUUGAUUAAAGUUCAAUUUACAGAGCAGGAGAUAAAAACUAUUAAAGUACGUUAACACCUGAUUGAAAAUGAAACCAUUUGUUUCCAUGCAGGCUGUGUCAGUCACAGCCAGAGGAGGCAUGGCAAGGACUGCAUAAACAGAAACACAUGUGAUUUAACUCCUUAAGUAGAGUAUUGAGCAGUGAGACUGCAGAAAAAAAAUCUCUAUACACCAAAAUCACUUCAUUAAGCUAAAGUUGGUUUGGUAACUAUAGUGUCAGAUUUAGUUACCAUUUUUUAAUUGUCUAUCCUCUAUUUGAUCAUAGUUGCCCUUGUUUGGUGGGAAGUGUCAGAUAGCUUCACUGUUGCCUCCCUAUAUGCAAUCAGACACAUACAGUACAGCGCAGAGUUUCUUCUCAAAGACAUCAUCCAUGGCCAUGUUUCAAUUAUCCAAUGACCCUUUAAUGAGGGAAAAGGCAGCCAGGAGAUUGCAUUAACCUAUGUAACAUGUUUUGGUGACUUUCCCUUUGGUGUCUGUACCAUUUGAAAGUAACAUGUCUUUUUAAUUUAUCUAUUUUUUUUUUGUGGUUGUUUUGUGCAGAUUGGGAAAUUAUAUAGUGAGCUCGACGUGGUGAGAAUGAACAUAAAGGUGAUGUCAGAGAUCCUGCUUGAAAUCAGACCAGGGAAGGAGGUCAAAGAGGACAUGGACCUGUUGGAGGUAUGAUGAGAGUGAUAAGGAGACUGGUCAAUAAGCUAGAUAGGUUCCAGGGACUGGAGGAGAACUGCAUAUGGUCAAUAUCACAUGCCUCUCAGGCAGGGUCGGACUGGGAAAACAAUUUGUCUCGGGCAUUCUUUGAUCACAGCAGCCCAUAAGAGGGGUUGGAGCGAGAGAGUCGGGGUGUUUUGUGUCAUCACCAAUGACAAGAACAGACACCCUGAAAGUGAGCAUGUUUGUUCAGUGCUCUUCCAGGGCAGCCCAUGCGCAGAGCAUUAGAAAAAGGCCCUGUAUUUGUUCUGUGCAGCACAAGCUACAUUUGCUUGAGACUUGUCUCUAAGGUACUAGAGGCCAUAAGGACUAGGAAAGAGUACUGAGCAUGUGUUUGGAGACUACUUGUGGGAUUGCGUGUAUUUUGGGUGAGCUGUUUGGUGUUUUGUGUAGAUAGGUUCAGUUGUGUUGUGGUGCAAUAUGUGUGUCUAGGGGCUGUACUGCGAGAGUAUGCAUAUAUGGGACAUUUUGUGUGUAUAUAGGAUGUAGCAAGUGUGUGUAGGGGCUGUAAUCUGUGUAGGGGUUGUAGAGUGUAUGUGUGUGUAGGUGGUGCAGUGUGGGUCUAUAGGGGACCUAGUGUGUAGGGAUUCAGAGUGUAUAGGGGACGUACUGCCUAUAAGGAAUCUGGUGUUUGUGUGUGUGUGUAGGGUUACAGUGUGUGUGUGUGUGUGUGUGUGUGUGUGUAGGGUUACAGUGUGUGUGUGUGAAGGGUCCAAUAAGUGAAUGUGUCCGGUGGAAAAGUGUGUGUGUGUGUACGUGUUUGUGUGUGUGUGUGUGUGUGUGUGUGUGAGCAUGCAGUAAAUUACCUUCUUCUAAUCUUUGGCCAUGGAGUGGUGACAUUAAAAACCAUGGUGGUCCUGUGGUAUUGAGCAACUCUAGCCUGCAGUUUUUCUGGGUUCAGGCUGAGAACACUCCUCUCUUUGGCACUGUACUGUGUUGGAGCAUUGCCAUGGUAAUCCGCGACAAGUCUCCGAACUGCCAAGCUGUCCAGGGUGCAGGCAACCCCCUUCUGGGUUCCCCUUUCCUUUCCUGUGGUAAAGUGCAGUGGGCUCAUGAAGGUACAGAAGAGGUCUGGCACUAAGAUAUCGCCGGCCUUGCAUGGGUCGACGGGGGAGAUCCUGGCCAUUGGUUUGCCUAAUGACAACUCCGGGCCUGGUCCCAAGUGUCCCUACUUAGCAGGGAUAGUCCUUAUUUUGGGCCCUAACCCCUCUGUUCCUCUUUUUUUGUUGGAGUUUGUAACAGAGUUCCACAGUAAUAAUACUCCCAUAAAUGGGUCUUUAAACUACAAUAAAUGUUUAGAAAUCAGUCUGUGGAAAUUAAAUAUAUUGUUCUUUUUCUAAAUAAAAUUUUAUUUACAUACAUGAUAAAAGCACCUCCCCUGGCCACAUCCCCCAAUCUUUGUCCAUUUGGAAUUUUGGGAGCUGUGAUACCGAGAUAAAAAUCAAUAGAUAGGUGCACAAUAUGGAGUAUCAAGUGAAGCUUUAAACACCUUGAGUGGUAUCCCCUAAACCACCUCUACAAGAUACAUAGAAAAACAUACAUACAUAAGGUGGAGCUUCUUGUAUAAACGUUCAGAAAAUAUCUGCAAUAAUAUGAAUACAGAACACAAAUAGUGCAAUAUUGCUAUACCAAAAGUAAUCUAUAGAAAGGCGUAUAUGGUGUCACUCACAAGUCAAGAGUCACAAACCACAUAUGACUCAGAUGGUAAGCGCUUGUGGACAAUUUCAGGAUGCCCAAUCCUUUCUUUUGCCCCCGAUUCUGCUGGAAGCCCGGUUCCUUCGACUUCUUGAAAUAGUGCUAGUCAUCCAGUGCUCCCAAUAUUAGAUGUGUAUAUAUAGCCAAGAAAGGAGAAGAGACAUAACUAACCAACUGAGGAAGCCCAUUUAAGGGCGAAACGCGUUUUGGACAUUUAUUUGGACAUUUGUACCUGGUAUUUAUAUUCAUUUUAUAUCAAUUUUAUUAUUUUUUUUAGUAUAUAUGUAUUAGGGAUCACCAAUAAAGGUAUACUAUUUAUGAGACCUUGGUUGUGGUACCCUAUAUAUACACAUCUAAUAUUGGGAGCACUGGAUGAGUAGCACUAUUUCAAGAAGUCGAAGGAACCGGGCUUCCAGCAGAAUCGGGGGCAAAAGAAAGGAUUGGGCUUCCUGAAAUUGUCCACAAGUGCUUACCAUCUGAGUCAUAUGUGGUUUGUGACUCUUGGCUUGUGAGUGACACCAUAUACGCCUUUCUAUAGAUUACUUUUGUUAUAGCAAUAUUGCACUAUUUGUGUUCUGUAUUCAUAUUAUUGCAGAUAUUUUCUGAACGUUUAUACAAGAAGCUCCACCUUAUGUAUGUAUGUUUUUCUAUGUACCGUGAUACCGAGAUAGACUGCGGAGAUGUCAUCUCAUUUAUUCAUUUGUUAUUCUUGUUUUCCAGGAACUCCAAAAAACAUGUAAAGAAAUGCAGAGGAGAAUUGUAACGCUUUUAGAAAGUGUUCAGAACGAGGAAGUGAUUGUGGAAAUGGUGCAAGUGAACGAUGAUUUGAAUAAUGUUUUCUUGAGAUAUAACAGGUGCAGUCAUGAUGAAUUAUUUAAAUAUCAGUUACUUUCAUUGCUCUUUAAAACAGCUCAGUUUUGUCUUUUUUUUAUAAUAAUUAUAUGAUUGUAAAGUAUCUCACUCAGGGACAUAAUAUAUUAUAAUAUAAUAAACAUUGUAUUUAUUCUUUGGAUAUAUCUUUCUGUUGACUGUCACUUUUGAGCCCUAUAAAAAGUUGCUUGGCUUCCUUGCCGUGUAAUUGAAUAGAUGGCUGUAGUCAAAAUGAGGUCAGCCAACAGUCAGGUUAAAGGGACACUAUAGGCAUCAAACCAACUUUAGCUUAAUAACGUAGUUUUGAUGUGUAGAUUAUGACCCUACAGUCUCACUGUUCAAUUCUCUGCAAUUUAAGAGUUAAAUCACUUUUGUUCCUGUUUAUUCUGCCCCAACCACACCUCCCCUAGCUGUGACUGACACAACCUGCAUUAAAAAAAAUGUUUAAUUUUCAAUUAGUUGUUAAAUUACUUCCAAAGUUUUUAACUUGUGCUCUGUAAAUUAUUAUUAUUAUUAUUAUUAUUUUAUUACUUAUAUAGCGCCAGCAAUUUCCGUAGCACUGUACAAUGGGUGGACAAACAGACACGUAAUUGUAACCAGACACAGGAACAGAGGGGUUGUAUGCUAGUGUGGUAUAGUGACACAAAGGGUAUAAGUAGGGGUAAUAAAAUCAAUUUAACUUUAAUUACAAACACAGGGCUCCUGUAAGGUCUAGCAAGCUAUCAACAUAGCAGGAGAUAAGAAGUUCCAAAUCAAACAGACUGUGCAAUAAAGUUUAAAUAUUAGAUGACUCUUUACAGGAAGUGUUUAGGAAGGCUGUGUAACUCACAUGCAGGGAGGUGUGGCUAAGAAUGCACAAACAAAGCGAUUUAACUCCUAAAUGGCAGAGAAUUGAGAAGUGAGACUGCAGGGACAUGAUAUAUACACCAAAACUGCUUCAUUCAGAUAAAGUUGUUAAAAGGAACACACCAUUCAAAAUAAUAUAUAUAUUUAUUGUAACAAUCAAGUAGAUAUACUGCCAAAGAAACAUGCAUGUAUUUUUUUUCUUCAUGUUUUCUUUAGUGAUAUAUUAAAAAAAAAAAAAAGCUUGGAAAGGCUGCAGACCUGCUGUCUGCAGCCUUAGCAUGCCUUCCCCUCUUUCACAGGCACAGACUGAGACGCCUCUGUGCUGGAACCAGGUGGAAAUAUGCCAUCACAGCUUUCCAAUGAGAAUUAGAGCUCAGUGAGAAAAGGCAUGCAUGAGCCCACACCACCUGCCACUUCUGUUAGCUCUGUGGAGGCGUUUCUGCAAAUUCAUAUAAAAGGGCUGAUGUCUAUGGAAAUUUGGAGUAUGUCAGACUCUGCUAUGAGGGUUUCACUCUGCUAUGUAAGACACUGCCGUUUUGUAGAAGCUGCAAUGUCCCCCUUGAAGGCUUAACACCCCUCUAUCAGCUGCCUUCCUUACAGCCGCUGACGGUGCUUCCACGUUGAGAAACGAGUCAAACGUGGUUCUAAAUCAUAUACUGCUUCUAGAGCAGCAUUUGAUUGGUGCAGAGUGGGGAUUGCCACGGAUGUGCACUAGUCUCCCAGAGCUUCCCCAUUGAGAAUGCAGAAUUUAAUGUGUGCAAGUUUUCAGCAGAAGUUUAUUUACCAAACAGUGAUUUAAAAAAAAAAAAAUUGUCAGUAGACUGUCCCUUCAAGGUGGGUGGGGCGGAAACCUAAGCAGUUGGUAGGAGUCUAUAGCUUUAGUAGCAGUUAGUAGGAGUCUAUAGCAUUAGUUGCAGUUAGUACGAGUCUAUAGCUUUAGUAGCAGUUAGUAGGAGUCUAUAGCUUUAGUAGCAGUUAGUAGGAGUCUAUAGCAUUAGUAGCAGUUAGUAGGAGUCUGUAGCGUUAGUAGCAGUUAGUACGAGUCUAUGGCUUUAGUAGCAGUUAGUAGGAGUCUGUAGCGUUAGUAGCAGUUAGCACGAGUCUAUGGCUUUAGUAGCAGUUAGUAGGAGUCUAUAGCUUUAGUAGCAGUUAGUAGGAGUCUAUAGCUUUAGUAGCAGUUAGUACGAGUCUAUAGCUUUAGUAGCAGUUAGUAGGAGUCUAUAGCAUUAGUAGCAGUUAGUAGGAGUCUAUGGCUUUAGUAGCAGUUAGUAGGAGUCUAUAGCAUUAGUAGCAGUUAGUAGGAGUCUGUAGCGUUAGUAGCAGUUAGUACGAGUCUAUGGCUUUAGUAGCAGUUAGUAGGAGUCUGUAGCGUUAGUAGCAGUUAGCACGAGUCUAUGGCUUUAGUAGCAGUUAGUAGGAGUCUAUAGCUUUAGUAGCAGUUAGUACAAGUCUAUGGCUUUAGUAGCAGUUAGUAGGAGUCUAUAGCUUUAGUAGCAGUUAGUACGAGUCUAUAGCUUUAGUAGCAGUUAGUAGGAGUCUAUAGCAUUAGUAGCAGUUAGUAGGAGUCUAUGGCUUUAGUAGCAGUUAGUAGGAGUCUGUAGCUUUAGUAGCAGUUAGUAGGAGUCUAUGGCUUUAGCAGUUAGUAGGAGUCUAUAGCUUUAGUAGCAGUUACUAGGAGUCUGUUGCGUUAGUAGCAGUUAGUACGAGUCUAUGGCUUUGGUAGCAGUUAGUAGGAGUCUGUAGCGUUAGUAGCAGUUAGCACGAGUCUAUGGCUUUAGUAGCAGUUAGUAGGAGUCUAUAGCUUUAGUAGCAGUUACUAGGAGUCUAUAGCUUUAGUAGCAGUAAGUACAAGUCUAUGGCUUUAGUAGCAGUUAGUAGGAGUCUGUAGCGUUAGUAGCAGUUAGCACGAGUCUAUGGCUUUAGUAGCAGUUAGUAGGAGUCUGUUGCGUUAGUAGCAGUUAGUAGGAGUCUAUAGUUUUAGUAGCAGUUAGUACGAGUCUAUAGCUUUAGUAGCAGUUACUAGGAGUCUGUUGCGUUAGUUGCAGUUAGUAGGAGUCUAUAGCAUUAGUAGCAGUUAGUAGGAGUCUAUGGCUUUAGUAGCAGUUAGUACGAGUCUAUAGCUUUAGUAGCAGUUAGUAGGAGUCUAUAGCAUUAGUAGCAGUUAGUAGGAGUCUAUGGCUUUAGUAGCAGUUACUAGGAGUCUGUAGCUUUAGUAGCAGUUAGUAGGAGUCUAUAGCAUUAGUAGCAGUUAGUAGGAGUCUAUGGCUUUAGUAGCAGUUAGUACGAGUCUAUGGCUUUAGUAGCAGUUAGUAGGAGUCUGUAGCAUUAGUAGCAGUUAGUAGGAGUCUGUAGUUUUAGUAGCAGUUAGUAGGAGUCUGUAGCGUUAGUAGCAGUUAGUAGGAGUUUAUGGCUUUAGUAGCAGUUAGUACGAGUCUAUGGCUUUAGUAGCAGUUAGUAGGAGUCUGUAGCGUUAGUAGCAGUUAGUAGGAGUCUAUAGCGUUAGUAGCAGUUAGUAGGAGUCUAUGGCUUUAGUAGCAGUUAGUAGGAGUCUGUAGUUUUAGUAGCAGUUAGUAGGAGUCUGUAGCGUUAGUAGCAGUUACUAGGAGUUAGAAACUUGUAUUCCUAAUGCUUGUAUUCCUGUAGUGUUAGUUUAAACAUAAUAAGGAUCACAAAAUGAUUAGCACUUCUACUACCAUAAUGUGUCUGAUAAUUAUCAGAAUGCAGAGCUCUUAUUUAGCUUAUUUAAACUUUGAAAAUGUGAGACAUUCUGAAAAAAAAAUUUAAAAUUUUUUUUAUAUAACAAAACAUGGUAGUAAAGGAUGUUGCUACUUGACGCAACAUAAAGGCAGAUCCUUUUACUAUCACUGUGCUAAUGGCUGAGUUUGCCCAUAUCAUUUUUUAAAAUUAUUUCCCAAAUCAUCUAUUUUGUUCUAAACGUUGCAGUUCUAAUUUCAAUUGACUACAAUUCUCAGUUUAGUGAAUGUACAGUUACUCAGAAACUGCACAGUUUUAUGUUUAAAAUCUUUAUUUCUAAAAAUGUAAUCAUUUUAUUUCAUAGCUGAGCUUGAUUAAUUAAAACGGUAAUAUGCUGAAUACUCGUGGAAAGAAUUAUAAUUGGGUAUGCUUUAUAGGUUUUCACGGAAUAGAUCGAACCAGGAGCCAAUUUAUAGCAUGCCGGCUGAACUUGCGCUGGUAAGAGAAAAACACUUUCAAUGCAAUAAAUAUUUUACCCUGAUCUCCGAAUUAAUAUCCACGAGACAAAAAGUAAACAUUCACAGUUUUCAUGUAAGAUAAGAACCAGUUUGACUCCUUUAUUCAAUAUUAUUGAUCAAGAAAAUAUACACAAAAGGUGACACAUAUCUUACUGAGCCAAUGCUAACUCAUUUAUCACUAACUUAUUUGUCGGGAUGACUUUUGCCACAACUGGGGGUUUUAGAGCACGUGAUUAAUAGUUUGGGACAAUACGAUGACAGAAUGUAAGAUAGACCAAGUCUACAUGGGAGAGGGGUAAAACGAAAGGACAACUCUCAUCAGAUUUUCACUUUUAUUUUAUUUUUUUUACAUUUAGUACAUCUAAUGAAAAUGAAUAUUUUUUUCUAAUUAUGUAUAUUGAUUAUUUUUUUUAGAGAAAAUAUCACUUUGUCUGAGCAGCCAUGUUGCAUCAGACUCUCCUGUUAUCUGACCAACUGCUGCUCAGCCUAACUUGUUGCCGCUGGAAAUUCUGACCCAAUAUGGCUGCUCAGCCAGAUAAUAAGUGAAAUUUUCUUUAAAAUAAUCGUUAUAUAUAAUUUUUCAUUAAAUGGAAUAAACUUUUAAAAAAACAAGAAGCUUCGAUGAUCGUUGUCCUUUAUUAAUCAUUUUGAGGUCUUGAUAUUCUUUUGGGUUUUCAGACUGUCGACAGAAACCCUUCAGCUCCAGCAAGCGAACUCAUCGAUCUUGCUCCAUUAUCUGCGCCGGUGAACGGCGUACCUGGACUCCCACUCACAGCCAGUCAUCAACUCCCAACGCCGCUUUUAGCGCCUGGCGCUGCACUCGUACCAGGUAAACAUUGAGAAAAUUGUUUAUGUUUAGCUGUCUUAUCACACAGUUCAAGGGCAGAAUCACAACAAAAUUGGAGGAUGGGAAGAUUGUUGUAUCCAACUCUCUUUGUCCUCAGUGGGCGAGCAAAGACUUGUAACCCAGCUAUUUUUACAAAUCGCUACUGUAACUAGUGAGCGUGUCUGACGGACCUGAAGCAGAACAACACGUUCUGACUCACCAGAAAGUGAGUAUGUGCCGAGUCAUGAAAAGGCCUAUCCCUAUUCUAAAAACCCAGCAGGCAGAAAUAUUCGGUGCUGACAAUUCAGUUUUGUUAUAAUUUCUCUUCCUCCUUACCUCUGUAGAACCUUAAUAUUGUUUACAUCUUUCCUGCAGAGCCAUUACAUCGGGUCAUUCCUUCUGCAGAGUCGUAACACUGACUCUUUCCCGCAGAGCCUUAACACUGCGCUUCCCUCUGCAGAGCAUUUUCACUGACUCGUUCAUUCCUGCAGAGAAUUUACACUAACUCCUCCUUGCAGAGCCUUUAAAAUGACUCCAGUCCUGCAGAGCCUUACUCUGGCUCUUUUCCUGCAGAGCCUUUACACUGCUCUACAACAUAUGUAGAAAUAAAAACCCAACUAAAGUGGUUUCAUAAUGUGCAAUUAAAUAUGAACCAAAUACAGUGUGACAGCAUGCUUAAAUAAGCUAAAUAAACAUUAAUCCCUGAUUGUGAAAUGAUAUAUGAGGCAUUUAACAAUAACAAAAGGUUCAUGUCUAGGCCCUGGACUUGCAGGAGUUAAAAUAAACCUCCUGCUUUGUCAGUAAACACUCUGCAACACUCUCCAGCACAAGUACAUUCUAUUGAUUUGCAUUUCUAUGCUGAGAUCAAUGUCUUCGGAGCAGAGAAAGGCCACCGAACCUGACUGAAAUGUCAUGGCGGUUUUAAGAUGUCCACUGAUUGUGUCACCGAUGGUGGCGACGCGAAUCAAUCUGUUUAAUAGGACAUCAUCGAUCCAGUGAUCUGCAGAGCGAGAAUCAUUUCUCUAUCCGGGAGACAAUGCCUGUUUAUAAAUUAAGGAGUUAAUGUCGCUCCGCCAAGACAGUGAACACAAUGGACAUGCAGUCAGCAGCGAUUCGCACAAAAACACCUAAAACAACCCGGUUUUACAUCUAAUUGGACCUCGAUUAUGCAUUUACUUUCAAUCACAAAAUCACUUAAAGAGGGAUUAGGGUGAAGUAAGUGCUUACUAAGGGUUCAAGUGCAUACGGAAAACAUAUUAAAAUAAUCUUUAUUUUUUUCAUCUGAGGUUUUACCUUAUCACCUUGUCUAAUAAGAAAAUUAGUCUAACAUCUGUUUAAAACCUGGAGUGCUUAGCUGCUCACCUAUAAACAAAGAGUAAAAUAGCAGUUUUAUAUAUAUAUAUUACACAGGAUACCUAAAAAUCACACUGUCCUUUUCUUUGGUGUUCACGAAGUGUGAUGCUGAGGACCCCCGAACUGUGACUAAUCCAUCAGCUUCGGAACUGUUGGCAAGUGCAGUCACUGCUCUCUAUGUAUAUCACAAGUCAUUCUUCACUAAAACCCCAGUCCUACACUAUGGGGUACAGUACAGUGCACCUUUACAGCAUUUGACAUAGCAUUGUACCCAGCGCUAGUUUGACACUUAGCAGUGAUGGUGCUAUAAUGAUAGCGUCUAUUCAAUUCUGAAAGAUUAUAGAUCGACUAUAAUAAACUAGGACAUUUUUACUUCAACAUUUUCAAAGUGAAUCCAUUUAAUCUGUAAUAUUUCCCUUGACUUCCCAAAUGCUCACUCUGAACUUCCACUUUCGUCAUCUCAAUGAUGGGGUCUGGGUGCAAUGCCCUUGUCUUUGUAACCCUUUAAUGUUAAACGCUGUCAUUUUGCCAGAACAGCAAUGUUUACAUUGCAGGACUUAAAUGCCUCUAGUGGUGUCACGAGAGGAGCUUCCUCUGAAACUCUGCUAUUUCUAUAAGAUUAGAUUCGUUUUGCUGUGCAUACGCACUAGCCUCCCAAUGCUUGGAUUGGCUGAGAUCAUCAGUUUUGAUAAUGUCAGCAGUGUAGAUAGCAGUGCUGCAUGGGAGAACAGGUGAGUAAUAGACAAGUUAUUGUUCCAUGUUAAUUAUAUUAUACAGAUACAUGGUAUAUUAUGGUAUAUUAAAUGUAUUUAUUUGUUAUAAAAAUGUACUACAAAUUAUUAUUGUGUAAACAGUAAAGAUUGUCCUUGUUUACACUUUAUAAGCUCAAUUAAUAAAAAAUAAUAUAUUUAUAUUGAAUUGAGUUGUUUGUGAUUGCAGAUGUCAGCAUUUCACAACAAAAUGUCUCCAACCCAAUCAGCAAUCAUCUCUAUCCUCAGAUGGACCUCUCCGGAUUAAGAGAAAUGGCUAAUACACCGUAAGUGGAGACAGAGUCUAUAAUGAGUGAAUGACAAUAUUCAGAAAAGUGGCCAUAUUGAGAUCUUAACUUGGCUGUUAAAUUCUAAAUUAGAAUGUUGGCAACAAAUGGCUGUAAGAAUUUACUAACCUGCAAAAAUUAUAGAGUCUUAAUAAAAAAAAAAAAAAGGUUAUCGAGAAUGUAAUCCCUCAGUCACUAUAGUACAUAUGCUAUACGGAGUAAUAAAUCUGAGGUAUCGACUUUCUUUCUCUUUAUAUACUGUAUGUAUUGCAUUAUAAAACAUUUAAUAAGGCUAAUGAGAAUUGGUGACAGAGGUAGCUAAACUGGGUUUUUAUUGCGUCUCUGAAAAAUAAUUUUAACAGAUAUAAUUUAAUUAUUAUCCUAUCUCUAAACAAAACAUCUCAAUAAAAAUAGCCUUAGAAGAGAGACAAAAUGGCCGCCUUUCUGUCUAAUAUUCGGACGAGUGCAUAAACUAUAAUUGUUGCUUAACUUGUAACCAAGGUAGAACAUUUCCGAGUUUUUGUAUAAGGCUGGAAGUUAAUUGGUGUAAUGUUUUUUUCCUAUUUCUUUUUCCUGAGGGUCAGAUUGUGACGUCUGUGUAAAAUACAGCGGGGAGAGGAGUAGCAUGUGAACAGUUAUAAAACUCUCAUUGGGUAGUGAAAAAACCCAAUGAAAACCGCUUUCAAAACGUUCGUUGCAUUAAGAAAGUUUCAAUUUAACUUGUUAUUUUCCCAAACAAAAAGAUAUAUUUUUUCCUAAAUGUUGGAAAUUCACCAUAUAACUUUGAAAUAAUAAAUAAAAUAUAGACUUGAAUUUUGGCUCCCUAAAGGAAGGAACCUGACAAACAAACAAACACAUUUCUGUUAGUCCAAUAAAAAAAAGAUAUGACAAGAAAGUGCAUUACUUCAUUAUUUUGCCGAUAGGACUAAUAUGGCAAGCUUGGGGCAAUGUGCUAAAUGUGAAGCAGUUACCAUGGAAACCAAUAGAAUGUUCGUGCUGAUUGCCCCACUUUUAGAAAUUCUCCCAGAAUUGUUCUGUUUCUCCGAGCAGAGUUUACAUGCCUCCAUCAUUUCCGUGGUCAAGCGUGGUAGCUUAGGAAGAGAGAUGUGUCUUGUGAACAAUGCAAUCAAUAUGUUUCUGUUAUUAAGCUGUUUCUAAUCAAUAUUUUGCCCCAGGUUUAUGUUCCCUGUACAGAGCAUGAUUCCGCAUCCCCCUCCAAGACAACUCUAUGACAAUGUAAGUCUUUCCAUUUAAACAGGACCGGCAGUAUUGAGAGGCAUUAGAGAGGGACUUAUUUUACCUCUGAAGAAGAGCAGAGUGAGAAAAUGGGGGAGUAAGGGAGCUGCCGGGGAGGGAGAGGUUGGGAGAAAUGGGAUCAUGGGGGGAGGAAGGCUGAACACCACAUUCGGCUUCCAUUUUUUUCUGAACCUGAACUUAUUUAUCAUAGAUUAGAAAGUAUUGGCACAAGUUAACUAAUUUAUCACACAAGCAACAGGAAGAUUGGAUUGGUAAGAGGUGCUAGCUACUUCCUAGUUACUGCCCCAAAUACAGCCAGCUGACGUUUACUGUCACCGUGCCCCAAUUCAGCCAGUCCUUGGUUACUGCCCCAAUUCAGCCAGUCCCUGGUUACUGCCCAAAUUCAGCCAGUCCUUGGUUACUGCGCCAAUUCAGACAGUCCCUGGUUACUGCCCCAAUUCAGCCAGACCCUGGUUACUGCCCCAAUUCAGCCAGUCCUUGGUUACUGCCCAAAUUCAGCCAGUCCCUGGUUACUGCCCCAAUUCAGCCAGUCCUUGGUUACUGCCCAAAUUCAGCCAGUCCCUGGUUACUGCCUCAAUUCAGCCAGUCCCUGGUUACUGCCCCAAUUCAGCCAGUCCCUGGUUACUGCCCCAAUUCAGCCAGUCCUUGGAAAGUUUAUAGAGUUCUUCUAACUUGACUAAAUUUGCCCAAAUAUUAACAUACGGUUGCAACACUCCAAUUCACUGUUUGGAUGAUAAACUAGAUAUUUUAAAACAACAUAUAUUACUGCUGAACUAUUUAAAUGUUCCUUAUUGAAAAUCCCCCAUUGUAUGCUACUUUCCUAUAUUUCACUUUCUGAAACUCUUUUUUUAGGUCAGCUUUUCAACUCCACUUCUCCCAACGGUCCCAACAUUGCCCCCCACCCUUGUACCGCUACCAAAGGAACAGCCACAGAAUCCAGCGGCUGAUCACAAACCAGGUAAAGCAAAGACUUACCGCCUGAGGCAUAUUUACCUUAAUAACCAGCUGCAAACAGGCAUUUAGAGUAGUAAAUAAUAGACGUAGUAUCAAUGUAAACCAACUUUCAGAUACCAGAGAGGUAUAACAUCAGUGAUUUGAAGUGGUUAUGGUGCCUGAAAUCUGUAUGUGCAACAUUUCACUUUGAAACACUUAAGAUGAACCCUUUAGAUGUCGGAGGUGCUUUCAGCAGCAUCACUGGGUAUCAUUAGCCAGCUUAGAACAAUGUAAGACAAAAGAUGAUCAGGCUGAGGGAGAACUUUGCCUCAACAUUUUUUUUAAAAAUUUGGGCAUUGGAGGAGUUCUCUGUUUAACUGCUCAAAUAUAUGUGGGAUAGGAUCCCACUUUCUAUCGCGUAGGGAAAAUAAUAUUGCGAAACAAUUUGCCUAACGAUAAAAAAACUGGAAAUAUGUGAAUUUUAUUGUGAGGAUAACCACAACAUUAAAAUGAAUGCCAAAUCAAACUAUAUAUUUUUUUUUUUCCCCCAGAAAAUUCUAAGGAAAAUUCAACAACAAACUAUUAUGAGCUGCUAGAAUUCGAUCCUCUUGUAGAAAACAGCCAAAAAGAGUAAGUGACUAUAAUGCAUACUUUCUAAUGUAUAGAGGGAAAAAAGGGGUUCUGGCUAUAAAAUACAGACAUAUGUUGUAUAAAUUCCCAUUACCUUGAAGCAUCCAUUUUUUUUGUUUGGUUUUUGAGAUCUCAACCAAGUAAUUGUUCUUUUGAGAUGAAUUUAUUAUCUCUGUAUUCUAUGAUUCUGCCAGGGUCUCGUAAUAAGGGCACCUAUUACAGUGAGGGGCACUCUAACACAAAGCUGCAACAAUUUCUCAGAUAAAAUAUAGAAGAAAAAAAAAAGACAAUCCGUAGCCACAUUCCGUGGUCCCGCUGUAAAUAAUGGGAUGUGUUUGUGAACCAUUUCACUAAUUAUCCAUAUUCUGUUCUUCGUUUUAGUGUUGUGUAUGAAGAGGUUGAUACAUCUCUGUGGAACUCGGGACCAAAGAAAACGGGUAAAAUAAUUUAUUAUAUCAGAGCCAUUAACAUCUUUGGAUUGCUAUCUCACAUGAUCACACAAUCUCCGCAGUUGUGCUAUGGCUACAAUAGCUGCUCUAUUAUAAUAUGACAUAUUAUACUAUAUCAUUAUAUUACAUAUCUCUUCCAUAAAUCAGUUACCAUAUUCACCUUAAAUCAAUAUCUCAAAAAAGAGUUGACAAUGUGUUAUACAUUGUAUAACGGAGUCUAUUUGAUUCCUCUCUAAGGACUUAGACCUGACAUCUAAUUUUUGUAAUUCCAAAAAACAAACCACUAGAUGUCAGCUCACAAAGCAAAACUUAAAAUCAGAAAGUGAAAAGUAGGCAAAGUUUGAAGUAGAAAAACGUGAUCAUAGGAACUCUCUCUGCAGAAACACUGCCACUUUUAUUACUAAAGUUAUUUGGAUAUUUACAUUAAUGCACGUUAUUGUUUCUCCCUUUUAAUGUUAUAGUUCCUUUGCUGCAAUAAGAAACUCAAAGGAUGACAUGUUCAAUACCACAAGCUUAAAAAGAUGGCUCUCCACACUGCAGAACCUGCGCUCUGUGCUCCCAGGAGGUACAAACGACUCUGCGAGGUCUGAAGACAGCCUCAGGUGUACAAAGUAUGCUCUUCACAGUGGAUUGUAACUUAACUCAGGUCAUCAUAAAGGAGAUAUACCAACUGGAACAGUUUAUCUGACUCUCUAAUUAAGCUAAUCUCCCAUUUACUGUAAACUGUUUAUUAAUAAUCUCAUUUCUGUAUCCUUUAACUGUAUUCAUUCUCACACUUACCUGUAAAAGAAGCAUCACCUGAUGUCCCGGCUUGUAAAUAAUAUAUUGCCCAUGGGUCCCACAUCUGCAAUCAAUUUCAUACGGGCAGUAACACAAUGAAAAUACCGGAUACUGGGCUUUAUUCUUGACUUGCAAUUCAUGGAAUGAACCAGCUCACCCAGGGUUUAUAGGAGUUCUCAUCGAACGCCUUUGGCAGCUAUCCUAGAUGCUGACAUCAAUGUAAGAGACAGGCCUAAAAUAUAUUGGUAACUUUUUACACCAUAAAAAAAAUCCUGAAAAGAACACCAAUCAUGCAUUCCUAACACUAUGAGGUUCUACUCACUAUUUAGACACACCCACCUCCUCUUCUUCUCACUUAACUCAAUGCUUCUCAUAGAGAAGCUCUGGGUAAGAGAAGCAUCAAUAAUAAAGGACUUCUCAUGGCAAAGUAUUGAAUCCAGCCACUAGAUGUCAGUAAGGCAGCCACUAGAGAAGUGUUUAGUCCUGAGAUGUAAAAUUGCCGCAUGUACAAAACAGCAACGUUUUACAUUGCAGAACAAAAUCGACAGUUCCAUUGUACGCCCACCACUGCAGGGAGGUUAAGAGAUCUGAGUGCCUAUAACGAUCUUUUAAAAGGACACUAUAGUCUCCAGAACAACUACAGCUUAUUGUUUUUAUUCUGCUAAGUAGAAUCAUUCCCUGCAGGCUUAUUACAGUAAACACUGUAUUUUCGGGGAAAAUGCAGUGUUAACAUUACAGCCUAGUUAUACCUCCACUGGCCACUCCUCAGAUGGCUGCUAGAGGUUCUUCCUGGGGCAGUGCUGCACAGUGUGACUGACAUUCAGUGUAGCCACCCUCUGCAUGGAGGCACUGAACUUUUUAAAGCAUCUCUAGGAGGAGAUGCUGAUUGGCCAGGGCUGCUUGGCGUGUGCUGGCUCUGUCCCUAAACUGCCUCCUUGACAGUCUUAUAGUAAAGCAUUGUGAUUGGCUUUGAACAACACAAGCAGGCAGAUCAGUGGCAGAGCCAGCACCAGCAGACUGGAAUAAAGAUAUUACUAUAUUUAGCAGGGCCUGAUGGUGGCUUUAACACUAAAGGAUCAGGAAUAUAUGUUUUUAGCAUUCCUUUAACCCCUUAAGGACACAUGACAUGUCAUGAUUCCCUUUUAUUCCAGAAGUUUGGUCCUUCAAUGAUUAAAACUAUGAAAAAUAAAAUAAGAGGAGAAGUUAUCACAGCGACAUGAUAAGAAAGGUGGAGCAAUAAGCAAUAGAAUGAAGGCACUGAUUCUAUUUAUUCCUCUGGUUUCCAUAGCAAUUGCCCCACUUUUAGAACUCUAGAUCAUGUUUCAGAUUGCUCCACUUUCCUAAAUCCUACCCGCAACCUUUAUUAACAUGCUGACUUUCAUAUUUAACAUUUUUAUACCACAUUUAUUGCACGAUUCCCCUGAGAUAGUGUGAUAAUUUAUAUUAUUUCAUUAGCACGGCAUACCUUUAUUAAAUGAUGCGACUUAAUCCCUCUCCUUUAACAUACGUCACUAAACCAGAUGUUGCCUAACGAAAACUUUAAGUUCAUAAGAAAAGAGCUGAUUCCAGUCUCACCUCUAAUCUACAAUUUAGCACCAUGCAUCAUCACCUGUCUAACCUUGUUGGCAUUUAAGUACCUUUUUCUUUUACUUUAACACCUUUUUAAAAUGUAAAACCUUGUGCAUAAAUCAAUGAAAUUAGAAACUACUUGAGUUUGAUAAAAAUAAAAAUGUAAAAAUAUCACAGAUGCACAUUUUAGUGAUCACCAAAUGGCCAUAGACAUGUGGUUGUUAUAUACCAAAAAGUUAAAUAUUUGUGUGUGUAACUCAUGAAAAUAAUUCGACUUUUGUGAUCACUAAAAUGUGCAUUUGUGAUAUUUUUCCAUUAUUAUAAAACCCCAGUGAUUUUUAAUUUCAUUGAUCUAUGCACAAAGGUUUACAUUUUUAAAAAGGUGUUAAAAAAAAAAAGUUGAAUUAAAUGAAUUUGUCUAUGAAUUUUAGAAACAGCAGAAUCAGCAAGCUGUGCAAAGAAAGGAGAUCAAGUUUAAUUGGUCAAACAGAACAUCAGCUUUAUUCUGAUUUAACCAUAAGUAAGGUUAUUUACUAAAGUAUGAAUUCAGAUGUAACAUCAAAGUGGCCAACUGGAUGCAGAGCGGUUUUGGAGAUGUUUAUUUUGUUGGUCAGCUAUUUUUAACUUGACUUUAACCAGAAGAAAACAUGUUUUUUUUUCUAUAAAAACUUUUGUUGACGUGUCACAGAAAAUAUUAUAUGUGCUAUUAUUCUCUUAAAGUUGGCCUCUUCUUAUAUAAAACCCGCACAGCCUUAGAGUUACUCCAAGCACUAUAACCACUACAGGCCGAUAGCGCUAUUCCCCGGUAAUGGGGCAAUCGUUCCGCUACAAUUUCCCUCUUGCCUGAGUUCCGCCAGGGCGAAGCCUCAAAUGGCGGUGGCUGAACCGCUUUGGGCUUCUGCAGAGCUGAUUGCAGUAGCCCUCUAAAUACUGUCUAUAUAUUGCAUUAGUCAUUUUUUAAAGCUUCAGUAAUUAACUCUUAUUUAAUAACCUAUUUACAGACUUUUCCAUUGCGUGUCAAAUUUUACCCAGCAUGCAUCGGACAUGUUCCUAUUGGCCACACAUUUCAUACCCAUGUAAUAUUUCUGCCAAUUGAAUGGGAUUUAAAAUUUUAGGCCAAAUAUCUAAAUUGAAAGCACAUAUUACUAACAAAUUUACAAUAUGGCUUUUAUGGUUUCAAAUUCCCCAGCAAGUAACAUUUUAGUGAGUAACUUGCUAGAUGUGCAGGUAGUGUUUUCAUUACCAUUGUUUAUGUACGUUGUGUCUUUAAUGAAAAAAAACAAAAACACAAUAGACACUAAUAGAUUCUUUCCUUUGUAGAAUGUGGUAAAUCAAAUAUUUUUCCAUUCCAAAUAGCACUUUCACAUUCCUAUGGGUUUUCUUUUUAAAUAAAAACUGAUGGGAACCAUUUCAAACGUCACUGAAUGUGCAUUUAAAUUGUGCUUGAAUGUGUGUAUAUAUUUAUAUAAAAAAAAAAAAAAGUAACCGGUUUUAUUAUUUCUAGAAACGCAAAGUGCUCUUGAAAAGCACAUAAUUUAUAUUGAUUUUAUUACAUUAAUAAAAUAAAUUUUAAUUUAAAAAAAUAAAAACUUUAGAUUUGUAUUAUAUUUGUAUUAUAUUUUACUUACGGGAGACCAAACCUGAAAAAAUAUAAAGGGCCUUGGCGGUCAAAAUCCAAUAAAUAUUAUGUUUAAUGACAGCCAAUGGUGAUGUAUCAAUGUCACAAGAGAAUCCCAGAUUUCAGGAAUGGAAUGUCACAUUCCAUCACUGGGGGUAUGAAAUCAGAACAGGAGGUGGGGGAAUCGGCAUGAUGCAUUCACAGCCGUACACACGCUCAGAUAUGGAUUAACAAAGCAUAUAGCAGAUACAGCAGCUGGUCUGAGAUUUCUUUACCAAUUUCUUCCGUAGUAUAAAGCUGAAUAUCAAACUAUGAAUAGAUUUCUAUAAUAAAAUACAUUUUUAAAGCACAGGAGAUGAAGGAAAUCUGAUAAAUCGUCCUACAGCAAAACAGAUACCAGCUUCUAUAGCAAUAAUUCCAAAAAUAACCUUUUGCAUUAAUCAGGUUUCUGAUUAAAUAUCUAACUAGCAUUAAAUGUUAAUUUGCACAAGUUUAUCUCACAUGUCUAAUUAAUGGUAGUUCUCCAUACAGUGAGAUUCCUUUACCUCAAUAAAUUUCCAUUAACCUUGGGCUACGGGUGACAGACUAUUUAUUACAAAUAAUGCAGAGCAGAGUUUCUCAAACUACGGGUAUCUGAGGAUUCACUCUAAAAGGCCCCUCCCCCCUCACUCUGCACCAUACGGCAUGGUCCAAGCAAAUUAAUACAACCAGUACAUUGCAAUCCCAAGCCUAAUAUCACUAUUUGAAAAAUGGCCUUCCCUCAAAGUUCCAUGUGCUAGCUCAGAAAUUCAACGUCAAGAAGUGCCAUCAGCCCAGGGUUUAACCCAAAAUCCCAGAGAGCUACUAAUCUUGGAGAUAGCUUAUUCUCUCCAAUAGCUCGAGGUGGGAAUAUCCCAUGAAAAAUAUGCAUCUUUCAAACAAGUUUUAAGAAGUUACGGUCAGUAAAUAAACCCUAAAUAUACUGUCAAUUGUUUUUUUGGUUUUAAAUAUUAUGGACCAACGCUGUCCUCCACAGACUGCAAUUAACUGUUUAGAUAUCAGUCCCCUAUGCCACUGCCCAGGAAGUAAUAGAUACUGCCUCAAACCAAGAAUGUGACAUACAUUGCAGUAAAUUUACUAUCAGUUACAAUGUUAUGAAUUCCAAUAUUAUGGGCAAAUUGGAACCAUGCAGUUGCACAGACUGCAACAGAAGAAAG